AUGGGGAAGAGACAGAGGGGAGAGGGAGAAGGUAUGGUGAAAUUAGUGAUAGUAAGAAGGGGGGGGGGUGAGAAACAGGCUGGGUUGGAUUGCCCGGUCUCGCGGGUCGCUCUCAUCCACCACGCCACACGCGCGUUCAGGUCCCUUACCCGGCGGGUUGGUUUCCGGGGUAGUUUCUGUUGCAUAGGUAGUACGUCCAAGUCCUCCACAUCUCCUCCUGUUUCUCCAGCCUGCCACUUACCGCCGCUAUUUCGGCUUCAACUUGUCUGAUCUCCUCCACUCUCUGGAGCCAGGUUUGGAACGUUGGUGGCUGUUUCUGGGAUCAGUGAUUUCGCUGCCGUUAGGAGGUGUCGGGACACAGUUUUCUUAUACCUCGAUAUGGGUAAGUCUGUUCUGUUGAGUAGGAUAUCUGCCGGGUCUGUUCUGUUGAGUAGGAUAUCUGCUACCUCUCGCAUCGCCUCGUAUAUUUGCUCCCAGUACGGUGUUAUGAGAAAAUGUGAAAGAGAGUCCCCACCGCCCUCUCGCAUCUCCAGCAGUGCUCAGGGACCUCUGGUUGGUAUUUAUGAAUCUUCUGUGGUGUGUCGUACCACAGAGUGAGUAUUUUAUAGUUGAUUUCCUGAUAUUUGGCACAUCGUGAGCUGAGGGACGUGCACAGGGCUAUCUUGUCCCAUUCAGUUGGAGUAUACGAGGUGUGUAGUGCCUCUUCCCAUUGCGCCUGGAACUUCAUAGGAGGGACUGCAUCCGCCUGCUGUAGGAGUGUGUAGAGGAUCGAUAUACCUCGAUGGAGGCCUCCACCCCUCGAGCAAGUUUCCUCAAAUGGGAGCAGAGGUCUUGUAAGCUGUAGUUAGUGGGCAAACGACUCGUGAAAGUGAAUCAAUUGGUGAUACCGAAAACGCUCAGUCAUAGUUGGUUCGCGGUCUUGCAAGAAUUCACUCAGGGGUAACAGUGUGUGUCUCCUGCAGAGUCCUGAGAGGCGUAAGUGUCAUCCUUUCCCCAGGAACCCUGCCUCCCAUCCAGGAGGAAAUGCUGGGUUGCCUGUGACUGGGUACAUUGGUCCGGUUAGCGUUGUUAUGGAGAGCCGAAAGCGUGUCCGGUACCAAACCUUCAGAGUUGCCCCAACAAAGGGUUGUUCACGUAUCAAUUGUUUGGCUGUGUCAUCCGGCAGCCAUACCGCUCCCGGGAUACCAGCCUUCGAAGCAUCUCUUUCCAGCGUUGUCCAGAUCCUCUGUGUAUCUGUUUCGUGCCAGGCUACAAUUCUCGACAGGUGUGUUGCUUUGUAAUAACCCACCUAUUUGGUAUCACCUUCCCCCUUUAGUCUCAUCAGGUGUCCCAAUCUUAUACGUGGUCUAUGCCCCUUCCAUAUGAAUUUUAUCAGAGCCGAGAGACCUUAUGUUCCACUCCUACAAAUCGGAAACCAUGGAUCGAGGGGUUGGACCGAAGAGCACAAAGAAAGGGUUCCAGCGUGAGGACAAAUAGUAUGGGGGAGAGAGGGCAUCCAUGCCGUGUCCCAUUCGUACUGGCGUGGAGAGGUCCCCGUUCACGUGCACACUAGCCGUUGGUACAGAGUAAAGAGCCCGGAUCCAUUUGCAGAAAGGUUCCCCGAAUCCCAUCUUCUGUAGUGUGUUAAGCAUGUAUCGCCGGCCCACCCGGUCAAACGCUUUUUCUGCAUCUGUUGAGAGUGUGACGGCGCGAAGUUGAAGCUAGGUGCAUAAGGUUGAGGAGCCUGAUGGAGUUGUCCCUCGCUUCCCGAACUUCAAGAAACUUUGUGAAAUUUUUCCAAAGAAAAAUAAAAAAGGUUUUCUCACAAAAUAUAUCUAUCAGAUGAUGAAAAGUAUGUUCAAUAGUAGUGCAACGCGUUUCGUCCCUCUCUGGGACUUCCUCAAGGACAAUCUUUUACAAAAUGCUGGAUACAAAUGCAUACCCAAAUGCAUUUGUAUCCAGCAUUUUGUAAAAGAUUGUCCCUGAGGAAGUCCCUGACAGGGACAAAACGCGUUGGACUAUUGAACAUAUUUUUCAUCAUCUGCUAUUAUUUACUUUGAUGUAAGUAAUAAAUGCUGCUUUUUGUACUUUAUUUACUCAGUUACUUCAUUAUUUUCUUGCAUUUUUCUAUCUUUUGUAUGAGAUUAUCAUCUAUUCAGCAUUGAAGAAGACACACACCAAUAUAUUUCUGAAGGCACUUUAUUUGAUGUUAAAGUGUGAGUGAUCACUUGGCACUUAAUUUUAUAUCCAGUAUUAUUAUACACAGUGUUGCACUAUGUUAUAUUUUUGCUUCCCUAGCUGGAAUAGCCCUAGGAAACAGAAAAUAUUUGAAAAACGCUAACUGGAACAUCUUCUGUAUCACAGAAUAAAUGUUUUUUGCAUAUUACAUACAUAAAAUGUUAGUUCACAUGGAGCACUGAAUGACAAAUAACAUUUAAAUCUUCAUUAUAAUGGACUUACAAGAAAAUCCUCACAAAAGCAUUUUAUUUACACAAUAAGACUUACUUGCAAGUGAAUAAACCAUUUGCAUUUUGACACAAUUAAGCAGGGUGAAAUAAUGAUGCUUCAGGCCAUGUGCUGUUUAAUAGUUCCCUGGGUGUUUUGGUAGAGAGGAAUUUUGUAAGCUGAAGCAUCCAUGUUUCUGUAAACCAUUUUGUUAACCCAAAUUAAUUGGCUUCUCUGGUUUAAAAUGGGACAAUGGUAUCUGGUUGAUGAUGGAAGAAUUUGCUAUACAACAAUACUUGUACACUUUCAGGAUCCCUUUCCAUGUUUUAGAAGUUUUUUUGUUUUUUUUUUAAAGGAAAACAUACUCGUUUUCCUGGCUCUAUAGGUUCUCUAGGCCCCCACCACCAUCAGGGCCCCUCUCCCGCCGGGCUCUAGGGGAUGGAAGGGGUUAAAUUUACCUCUUUUUCCAGCGCCAGGCGGGGGACUCUCCUCCUCCUCCUCUACUCCUCCUUCUCCUCGUCAUCGGGUGAAUGCGCAUUCAGCCAGUCCACAGGAAAGCAUUCUCAAUGCUUUCCUAUGGACGCUGGCGUCUUCUCACUGUCUUUCUCUGAAACUGCUAUGUUUAUAGAGGAAAGGGUUAAUGCUAGCUGGACCUGGCACACAGACCACUUCAUUACGCUGAAGUGGUCUGGGUGCCUAUAGUGGUCCUUUAAUUAAUGUAUAUUGUUUAUUUUUUAAUUUAUGUACUUUUUAAGACUAUUUCUAUCAAUGUGAUUUAGUUUUAUAUGAGAGUGUUUUUAUAGUUGAGGGGACCACUGAUAUACAGACUAGUAGGUUAGCACAAUAGGAGCCGUGGAGACAGCAUGGACAACCGAUCAACAAAAGAGCUCAGAGCAUGUGGAAAAAAAUGUCUAUGCAUUUUAAUAAUCACAACUGCAUAUAGGGCAGUGGAACAGAGAAUAAACAGACAGCAUUCCAGUUGAAAUGAUCAUUACUUUGUACAUCAUACGUGCAAAAUUACAGCUGGGGAUGCAAGAAAGUUACUUACCUAGCUGGCAACACACACAAAUAUUUAAUUAGCUUCCAAACACAAAUAGCCAAAGCACAGCCAUACAUAAUUAAACCCCUCUUACAUACACAUACGUAUAUACAGACAUUGGUUUUCUAUGCACAUUUACACCAAGUUAGCCACUGAAAUGCAAACAUAUAUCCAUAUACUUGGACACACAUAUUUCACUGACUUCUAUUUUGUUACUGGAGUCCACACACAAAUUUAUGAAUUACACAUACUCCGUGUUUCCUCCUCACCUCGUUUAAAUAUUUUAUCAUUAGAUUUCUAGGAAGACAAUAUAUUCAGGUGCAUAGCUUCUAUUUGUCCCUCUCUGGGCACAAUUCACUUGACAUUUAUAGGAACAUAUCAUAGGGAUAUGAUAUCACAUGCACCUCAUCAAUCACUAUUUUUAUGCCAGAAGUGUAAUUAAGUAAACGUAAAUAAAGUAAUAAUUGUGGGAGAGUUGAAAAAGUAAAAGGAUGAGUGUCACCGCCCCAGUGCCUCAUGGGCAGCACCAUGCUCAUGUUGACGCUUUGCACCAUUCUGGUGUCUUUUUAAAUGCAGAUUGCUCCACCUUACAUUCCUUAUGUACUCCCUGAUGUGCUCAUUUUACCACAUGACAGGAUGCUUCAUAUGUUGCAUAAUCUUUCUUUACUAACUCCAUAGCAGCAAAGAAAAGUAAUGAGAAAACUGAGAACCAAUCACAAGCAAGCAUAGGUUAGAAGAGUCAUGUCUCACUGCAGCGAUUCCUCUUUCUUUGCUGCUCCAUCACAAGAUAAGUACAGAGUUUUGUUAUCCUCUCUCUGUCCUUUUCUCAACCUUUGUUUUCUCCUUUUCUUAUUUGUCUUUAGAAUAUUGCAGUUUAUUACCUUUUAUUACACUUUUUCUGUCCAUUCUCAGGUGGCUACUAUCAACUCCCUUCUGAGGUCUUUCCUAUCCCUACCUGUUCCACCUCAGGUAUCUCCCUUUCUGUUCUCAGGGUCCUUGGGGCUCUCCUGCUGACCCUCUUGCCUGCCCGUUUUCUUUGGGGGACCCUGCCUAUUCCGGGUCCCGGUUUUGUGCCCUCGCAUUGCGGGCCCCCCUUUCCCCUGCUUUGUGCGUGUCUUUUACACUGUUGUGCGUUUUUUUCUAGCCGAACUAACCACUUCGGGACUUUACUGGGUCGUUCGUUCAGCGACCAUCUUGAUUUGGACAGCCUCUUGAAGUGACUACCGAGCUUCAUUCAGCUGUGCCCUGUCAAGCAUUACUGCUCUGAGUCUAUUUCUGCAUGCACCCUCAGGGAAAUUGGUGGGACCAGGUCCAGGUUAGUGCUCUGCACUAGGGGUUGGUUCAAGCCAGUUGGGUCUAUCCCUUACUCUGGACGGGGUGAGCCCCCAUUUAUGUGCUGCUGAACAGACCUGUUCAUGCAGGAUUCCGAUCUCCUGGGUCAGCUCCAGUGAUUACAUACCUUCUCCAUCUGCUUGUACCGGCUUACCGGCCACAAUUAGUACAGGUCAUCCGGUACCUGUUUCCAUAUCACCCCCUUGGCCCCCAGGUCUCUCCUACCCUCCGUGCCACUACAAUACUGCCAUCAUGCUCAUACCACAAGGUGAGCCCCGAGUGAUUGUAGCAAGUCACAAUGGAAGAGACACAGACCCAAUCAGACUUGCAGGCCAUGAUCACAGCAGCGGUUGCUGCCUCUAUGAAGAAGGCCUUUUCCAAGACGGAACACGACAGUGCCAAGUCCAUUCCCAAAUGGGCCCAUUACGUGCCAGAUUUGGAGGACUCUGACUCCUCCAGGGAACGGUCACGACCUCCCAAACGCCACUGGAAGGGCGAAAACACCAAGCCUAGGAAAUCCAAGGCAAGGCCCCUGCCAAAUGCAAAAAGAACACGACCCGUACGGCCCACAGGCCUGCACAGAUGUCCACAGAGGAGGACGACGCAGGACCAGCCCAAGCACUUUCGGUACUAGAUGAAUGGCAGGUGGAGGCAUCCGAACCGGAGGAGAGUAACUGGGACCCUGCUCCCAACUCUGACCCGUUCCUUACAAGGGAUGCAUACCUGGGUGAGCCCCAGGGUUCCAUGGCUACGACCAUGGAGGAAUCAGAGGUAUUCCUGGACGCCUCUGGCCUCCGGAUGUUUGAGCUAAAAAAAAUACGCCAUCCCUGCUCUGAGGAAUGGAUCCCCCUGAACAUCUUGCGAAGUUUAUGCACUUUUGGUUUCGGAAACCCCUGGACAAAGAGGUGUGGAGAUGCAUGUGGUCUGAGUGCCCUCAUCCAAUUCUACCAGAUAAGGUGGCUAAUACACCUGAUUUUGAUCAGCUCAUGCUGACUUUCAUAUCCCCCGCGCGGAUUCAAGGGGGCUCAGGAUAAACUCCUUGACUCCUUUGGACCUCUAGCAAGGGUUAUGACCUGGCAGACGAUGCCUAUGAGCUUUACCCCAGAUAUGGUGAGUGGGCACGUGACACCUGAGAGUGAGCACAAAGGUGUUUCUGCUUCAUCAGGAAUACUAAUGUGUGGUAAUCGACAACAAGCUCGUGGAAUUGGGGGAUAAAUUAUUUGGAGAGGCCUUUCUCAAAGACCUCAGCAAGAGGGUCAACAUAUUUACAUCCCUCAACAAGGCUCAAUCAUCAAUGUGGAAAUUCUUCCGCGGCUCUAACACAAGGGGCCAUUGGGCGCAUCUGGCCAUUGGGCCCCCAUACCACCAGGACACAGCCUUUCAACCGGACACAACCAAUUGCCAGAGAUUCCACUAUUGUAGGAGAUCAGACCGUGGUCGAGGAGGCCGAGGACGCUCCCGAGCUAGAUUCUCCAACGGUAAGGCACCAUAUUACCUUUCCACUAACUACCUUCCAGAUCGCAGGUCGUAUUUCUCUUUUUUUCCAGAACUGAGCAGACGUCUCCAUGGACGCAUGGAUCCUACAAAACGUGCGAGGCUACCGCAUAGAAUUCGAGACAAUCCCGGUCCAACGAGUUCCACUGCGCCCGCUCCACGUAACGCAAGCGGACGCUCGCCUGGUAGAUUCCGAAUUACGGGAACUGCGUGUCAAGUGUGAUAUUCGACUGGCCCCGGAUUUGACCGGAUUCCUGCAGCAACAUUUUCCUGGUCAGGAACAAAAUUGGAGAAUUUCACCCAGUUAUCAACCUCAUGGAUCUGAACAACCACGUGGUAUACAGACACCUCAAAAUGGAGGGCAUCCACCUCCUCCGGGAUCUGCUUCGAGACAACGACUGGUUCACCCGUCUAGAUCUCAAGGAUGCUUACCUGACUAUUCAGGUCCAUGAACAGAGUCGCUCCUUCCUUCGUUUCCACUGGCACGGAACAGCUUGGCACUUUACUUGCCUUCCGUUCGGCCUCAGCUCGGCCCAUUGGUGCUCCACCAAAAUGCUGAAGCCUGCGGUGGUGCACCUUCAGCCUGUUGUAUAAGAUGUAUCAUUUAUGUCAAUGACAUCCUGAUCUUUGACGGAGACGCACAAACUCUCCGGACCCACACCGACUAUACAGAACACCUGCUAGAAUCGCUAGGCUUCAUGAUCAAUCGUGCCAAAUUAGCGCUGGAUCUAGGCUUCGAAAUAGACUCCAGAUCUUGCAUCCUUUGUCUUCCGGCCGCAAAGGUUACCUCCAUCUGCAGGGAGAUCCGGAAGGUUCUUCGCAUGACGUCCAUACCUCUGCGCCUACUGGCACGGAUAGUAGGUCUUCUGUUCUCGUCGAUACAGGCUAUAUUCCCGGGACAAAGAGAACGUUACCUGCGCUCUGGCCUAAAUCCCCAUGUACAUUUAAACAAAAUGGAGGCUCCAUUUUGUUUAAAUGUACAUGGGGAUUUAGGCCAGAGCGCAGGUAACGUUCUCUUUGUUUUUACUAUGUAUUUUAAGCUGUUGGAUACUAAGCUACUGCUGCUGUAAGCACGGUGCUUUAUCUUUGUAUUUAUAUUCACGGGACCCCUAAACUACAGGGCCAUGCAACGCCUCAUGACCAGAUUCCUACGCCAAAACCCAAUGUACUAUCAACUGGUCCCGAUGUCGGACGACGUCCGGGCAGAACUACACUGGAACUACACUGGCUGAACUGCAUGCAGGCCUGGAACGGCUGAGCCAUAUUCGAAAGGCAACCAGAUUUCGUGCUGGAAUCAGAUGCCAGCCGAUCAGGUUGGGGAGCGACACGUCCACGGGAGGAGUAUGGACCUCUGAAGAUCUAUCGAUGCACAUAAACUGCUUGAAGCUCCUAACAUGGUCAUUCACCCUCCGCAGUCUGGUGAAAAGAAAAUCCAAUAUCUCGGCAGUGCAUUAUAUCAAUCACCUUGGAGGUACAUGCUCUCAGGCACUGCCUACCCCGCAACAUUACGCUACUAGCGGAACAUCUGCCGGGAGAAUCCAAUCUCACAGUAGAUUGUUAUUCGCUCGACUGGUAGCUGGACCCUCAAGUUUUUGCUUCUCUAAACGAACGAAGAGUUUUUAUUUUCUCCCUCGACCUGUUCGCCUCAUGUGACAACCGACAGACAAAGGACUUCCUUAGUUGGCUAACAAACCCGGAGAGCCAAGCAGUGGAUGCAUUUCUGCAAGCGUAGCCACAGCGCGAAGCCUAUGCCUUCGCAAUGAUAGUGAGAGUCUGUAAUGCUAAACUACUGGAACGCAACUGCAGAAAAACUUCCAAUUACAUCAAUUUAUAAUUUUAUUCUUUUUUUGUUAUUGAGUUGCACGAGUGGUUACUGUAGCUUUAAACCCUUAUAGCAGGUUGUUAGUUGCAGGAAAAAAUAAGCCACUGAAGUUUUGCACAAGCCAAGCAGUCCCAAUUAAGGAUAGUGCAGAGAAUGCAUGCAGAAUUAGGUUGUAUUAAAUGUAGUAGAAUUAGCUUCAGGAGAGUUUAACAAUGAGGCAGUUUCUUAUUUGCACCUGAGAGCAGUUGGAUUGAAGGAAAAAGUACUUAGCUUAAGAGGCAGUUUCUUAUUUGCAACUGAGAGCAAUUGGAUUGAAGGAAAAGGUACUUAGCUUAAGAGGCAGUUUCUUAUCUGCAACUGAGAGCAAUUGGAUUGAAGGAAAAAGUACUUAGCUUAGAGGCAGUUCCAGGUAACUGAAGAGUUCAAAUUAAUCAGUUCUUUAGGGGAAGGAGCAGAAGUCCAUUUAACAAUCCGAGGUCGAGGAGUGGAGAAGGAGGAUAGUGGUUUUCAGAGCGGUUUUCGGUACAUGGAGGAGCUUCAAUUGAAAUUGAGUAGCCGGUAUGAGGUUCACAGGCACUUGUUCAAUAAUCCAGCAACUUGAAUCUGGCGCGGUCUUCCUAUAUAGCGUGGGGAGACCGCGUCAGAGAAGGGACGGGGCAGAGCUCCGUCAACCCGGAAGUUGCUUAAUUCGGCGAAACCGGCAGAUAUAACCUGACAGAGUCCUUCACCGGAUCCGAUUGCAGAGAGUGGUGCUAACGCUCCUAAACACCGUUAUGGCAGAGCCAACCCUGAUUUCCGGAACUUUUAGAACUAACGUGCAGGGAUCCCCUCCUCCUGCUAUCCAACCCGAGGAUCCUUAGGAGCCCGAUGGGACAGCCCCAUCCUCUAAUCAUGGAAGGUUGCCUUCUCCUGGUGGCCUGAACACUAUCCAGGCUUCCUGGUGAGUCAGAGACUUUUCGCAGGAAGCUAAGGACCUCCUAUUGGACUCCUGGGCACCAGAAAAUAGGAGAUGUUACCUAUCUGCGUGGCAAUCUUGGGCCACUUGGUGUUUGGGAUGGCACAUUGAUUCCUUUACUGCACCUGUUCCCUCUAUCCUAAAUUUUCUCGCCUCUCUGUUUGCAACUGGGAAAUCGUGUUGUUUCUUUAACGUGGUAUGGUCGGCCAUUUCAGCGGCUCACAUUCCACUCCAAGGGAUCCCAGUUGGGCAAGACCCCCUCAUUUGCAGACUUCUUCGCCGCCCUCCGGAACCCAAAUAUACACAACUCUGGGACGUCGGUAUCAGUUUGCAAUUUUUGCGAGAUUGGCCUCAGAAUGAUAAGUUGUCCCUUCAUCAGCUUACGGCCAAAUACACCUUUCUCCUCUGCUUGGUCUCCUUUUGAUGGGUCUCGGAUGUCCGCGCUUUUGACACUGGCGCAUUUACAUUUUGCCUGGCGGGGGUUACCUUUCAGGUUUCAUGCAGCACCAAAUCUAACUCUUCCUCGGUUUUCUAUCCCCUUUUCCCUUCAGAUCCACAACUUUGUGUGGUCUCGACUCUACGUUGCUAUGGGAAGGUACCGCGACAUUGCGGUCUCCUUCUUCUCGUCUUGCGUUCGCCCGUAUGGUCCAGUUUCGGUCACUACAUUGGGUUCGUUGGCUGCUUUCUCUGGCUGGAAUUGAUCAGGCCUUUGGAGCACACUGCGUGAGAGUAGCCACAGCCUCAUCCGCCUUCUCAGCAGGGGUCUCACAUUCUAUGGGCCACAGAUUGGACGAGAGAAUCGGAUGUUCUAUUUCCAACCUCUGUCAAAUCCAUCUUUUGCUCUUUUAUCUCAGCGUUGAAACUGCAAAAUAUGAAGCUUCCUGUCAUGUGGUAAAAUUGAAGAUUAUGUUUGCUUUAGUGUACUAAUAAUCUUAAUUUUAAUAAUGACAGGAGGCAAGUAUUCCCCCGCCUCCCCCUUUCUCUGACUAUUUCCCUCCCUUUGUUUCUGAAUACCUUGCUUAUGGUUUUUCCUUUAUGUUAUGUCCAUACUUUGUAUUGCCUACACUUACGUUGAUUUUUCCCCUUGGGACAUUGUCGCUGGCUUUGUACGGGAGUUGUUUGUUUUAGUUAGUUACAAUAGCUGCGGGAGGACGGGAUUGUACUAUAUGUAUUAUACGUAGCAUAGACAGUCAGGGUAUACGUUUUUAUAUAACCCUUUCUGGAGACUAAAACUCUUUAUAUUCUCUUUUCAGUUUAAUUGGAACCCACAGUUGAACCCAAAGUGUUCCUUCGAUGGGAUCUUCCUCAUCAUUUUAAUUGGAAUAUACAGUUGAACCCAAGACGUCUCUUCGAUGGGACCUUCUUCCUCCUGUCCGUGUUUAAAGUUUACCACAUUGUGUUCUUCUACUGUUUCGUUGUUUAAUGGACUUGUGAUGUCGCAGUUUUAAAUAGUAAUCGCUGCAGUGAGACAUGCCUCUUAUAACCUAUGCUUGCUUGUGAUUGGUUCUCAGUUUUCUCAUUACUUUUCUUUGCUGCUAUGGAGUUAGUAAAGAAAGAUCAUGCAAAAUACUCGCCUGCUGUCAUUAUCAAAAUUAAGAUCUUCAAUUUUUGGUGCCACACCAAUCUGCGUCUAUUCAACAAUAUUGUUGAUGUACCUUUUGGAAUUCUAAUUGCACAAGCCUAUAGCAGCAGCUCUUGGGUUAUUUAAGGGACCCUCUGACCAUUUCUCUGUGCCCUGUACUGGUCUCAGUUAUCCAAGAGUACAUUUUAGUUAUCUGUUUUUUGACUUGGCCAUGUUUUAGUUACUAUGAGCUCUGGAAUCCUAGACUUUGGCUCUAUUAUCUCACUUAUCCAUAUUUAUGUACUCCUUGAACUCAGUCUUUCCCUGUUUGCAUUCUAUACUAUCCCGCGUUAAACCGGGCUACUCUAAGAACCGGUAAUGUGUUAAUUCCCUAGCGUAGGAUUCUCUGUUUCUUAGGUUUGCAUGUUGGGUUGUACCUGCUUUGACAGUGGUAAAAGGGAGGUUAUGACUAGUUCUCUGGAUCAGGUUUUCUCAAGUAUAGGACUGUAGUAGUUAUAGUGCCUGGAAUGUUUGUUUAAUUGUUCGCUUUGUUUUCCAGAGUAAAAAUUGAAGAAAAAUUUGAGCCAUGUUUGUAAAAAUGUGAAUUAUAUCACAGUUUACCACAUAUAUAAUUUCCUGUAAUACCAGUGUAAUGUAAUAAAAGAUUAAUCUGAUUAACUUCUAAUGAGAUUUUAGUUUCAUGAAUAUAUCAGAUGGCAUAUGCAACAAACAACAGCAUUAAAAUAGAGUUAAAUUAGAGUAUUGUAUCAUCGCAUAAUGAAGUGCAUGACUAAAGCUAGUUAACACAAGCCAAAAUGGAGGAGGAACCUGGUAUCUGUCACCAUUUAGUGUGGGUGGACGCUCUGCUUUUUAAGAAGUAGAUCUUAAAGCACACACUUUUUUUUAAGCUAAUGCUUAAGAUCUUCGAGGCACAAUAAACAUUUUCUCUGUAACGCCCAUCAUUUUCACAUGUAUGGGCUUGUCUUUGGCACUGGAUGCAUCUCCAUUUAAACCUUGCAUUAGCACCUGAGAAUAAGACUUGAGUGAGCGUGAGAUUAAUUAUAUCUCUGGUGUCUUUCCAUAGAUGCGCAUAGAAAAAGGAAAUUUAUCUUUUGGAUUUAUGAGUCCUCUUUUGAUCUCUUUAGACAAGUUGAUAUCUGGAAAUAGCGAAAUAAUUCUUUCAAUGAUCAAUGUCUGUUAAACACAGAGAGGCUAGCUAGCCUCUGUAAAAGGACAACCCAAAAAUUAUGGGCCCCUUUGAUGAAAGAUUCACCUAUAGCUCUAAAGGAGUUAAUUGCCAAAGUACAAAUAAGCCACAUUAAGAGUUAGCAUAGCAUAGCAAUGACAGGAGUAUGUAUGUGCGCAUUAACCUAUAUGGACACUGUGCAACAGUAAUUGGAGAUUUAAGGGUAAAUCAUUGAUGGCAUGUUAAGGGUUAAAAUGGGGUGAGAACUGAGAAUGUGUGAAAGACAAUGAGUUAACAUUGUGUGGGAAGAGUGCAUUUUGCUAAGCAGCAUUGCAUUUGCUUUAAUUCUGUGCUUUUUUCCCAGUGGGCCACUCUUGUACUGAGUGAGUGGCUUCUCAGCCUCGCCCUAGUGUAGCUGUCUGUCACGCUCCCUUAGCACUGAGUGGCCACUAGAAAUACGCUGCCCAGCGCCCAGAGUACAUGCUGCCAUACAUCUACAAAAUCCAAGGUAGGGGGGGUAAGGGCAGCGAGGGAACUCUGAUCAAUAUGUGCUAUUCAUACACAGCUCCCUUGCGUGCCCUAUAGAGGUGCCUGGAGUGAUAACGUUACAUCACUGUGGCCCAGGCUGAGGCAAAGGCGUACCUAGGGUCUCUACCGCCCUCGAUGAUUAGCUUAAGCAUGCGUGGGAUAGGCAUAAGGCUAUCCUAGCUAUAAGAUAAGGCCAGGGACUAAUGAAAGUAUUUCAAACAUUGGGCAGACUAUAUGGGCCAAAUGGUUCUUAUCUGCCGUCACAUUCUAUGUUUCUGUAUCAGUGUUCCAUCCCCCCCAUUCUGAAAAAGUUGAAAAAAUAUAUUUGCACUCACUUGGACUUGGAACUUCCAGCAUGGAAUGGAGGUUGCACUCACAGGACCUGUCCCAGCACCCAGGACUUACCCCAACACUGAAAUUGCACUCACAUGACUUGCUCCAGAACCCAGGACUUACCCCAGCACAGAGAUUGUACUCACACGACUUCCCCUAGCAUCAAGGACUUACCUCAGCACUUAGAUUGCACUCACAGGACAUGCCCCGUCACUGAGAUUCCACCCACAGGAUUUGCCCCAACACAGAGAUUGUACUCACAGGACUUGCCCAGCUCCCAUCUGCAUCUGCAUCCCGCUACGGACGAACUCUUAAAGGCCCCAGGGCAGUCCGGCACUGCACCACUAAAAUUUUUUUUAUAACAAACACAUACUUUGGUUGAGAUUGACAACCUCAGGCUGUCUCAAUAUAGUGGGGACUGCAUGUGAUGUAAUGGGGUAUCUGGAAGUAAUAGGGACUGCAUAUUGUGCGGUCUGAGGGUAAUGGCUACAGUUUGUGUGUGGUACAUUUGGCUGUUUGAGUGAAACAUAGAAACAUGGGUACUGCAUGUAAUGUCUUCAGUUGUCUAUGUGUGAUAGCAAUAGUUUGUGUGUGAUGGUAUUGGGUUGUGUGCAUGUAAUGGAAACGGUGUGUUAGCAUUUGGCUGGCUGUGUGUGAUGAGAAUGUGUGUGAUCAUUUUGUUCUGUCAAUGUGUGAUGGGGACUGCUUGUGUUUGUGAUGGGUUUGGGCUGGCUGUGUAUGGUGGGACUGUUUGUCUUUGUAUGAUAGUAAUAACCCCUGAUGAGUAGAUAGCAUCAUGUAACUGCUCAUAUGUGUUCAACAAAGAUAUGCUGAAAUAGAAAUUUCGUAGCAAAAAACCUUUAUAAAAAAGUGCUCCCUCCAAAAGACACUAAAAAUACAGUACCAAAAAAAGAAAAGAAAAGGUAGAUAUGCCACAAAUGACACCAAAAGUGAAAUAUGUGUAAAUAUCAAUACAACCUGGAUAUAAUAUUCCUAAAGUGAACAUAGGACUCAUAUCUAGAAAAUAAAAGCGUACUAAAGUGGUCUAAAAAUGACACAUUUAUUAAUACAAGUUUGCACUUACAAGAAGGCAGAUGGUACAGCAGCAUAUCUCCACAACAUAGUGGUAUCCCAGGCAGAAGCAAAGUAUCCUAAUUACAGAAGAUAUUCCAAGUAGUGUAAAUCGAAAAUUAGUUAAAAGCAAACAAACCAACAUAAAGCAUACAUAAAAACAUGGCAAAUAUCCGUAUCCUACACGGUUUGUCCCAUAGGACUUUUUCAGGAAUGUUACAUAUCCCUGAAUAAGUACUAUGGAACAAAACGCGUAGGAUACAGAGAUUUGCUUUGUUUUUAUGUAUGUUUGUAUGCCUUGGACACCACUAUGUUGUGGAUAUAUGCUGUUGAACCAUAUGCCUUCUUGUAUUGCAAAAUUGUAUUAAUAAAUGUGUAAAUUUUAGACCAUCUGCAUUAUCUAUUUGUUUUCUUCACCCAUCCUUCACCAUCUGCACUGUCAUUUGUAUUUGGUAAAGAAGAAGUGGUAAAGAAGAUCUACUCUAAAGAUCACAUUACACUCUGUGUAAGGAGACAAGCCAAAAUUCCUUUUUUAUCUUUUGAGUUUUCUACUACCCCCCACUCCUCCAUUCUAUUGCCAACUGUAUUAAACUACGUACACGUUUAUUUUCCAGAUAUGAGUCCUAUGUUCACUUUAUGAAUAUUACAUCCAGAUUGUAUUGAUAUUUAUACAAAAUUCAAGUUUGGCGUAUCUACCUUUUCUUUAAUUUUUUUGGUACUGUUCAUCUGUGCUACCUGUGUCCUGUAUAAACAUUGGUGAAUCCUAGACCAACACAAACUAAAAUAACUUUUUUCAUUCUACUGCAAACAAUAGGCAAUCCUGGGAACAUACAUAACAUUUACUCAAAAGCUUCAAAUUAAGUUACUUACUGUUUCAGUAGUAAUGCCACUGUCUGGAAUUUCCGGUCCACUUGCACCUUCAGUCCCUCUGCAAACUGCAGUCUAAGCCAGGUAGCUAGGUGCACUGUCUGCUCUGCUCGCUCCCUUAGUCCCUCUGCAAACUCGAGGCAGGGUAAGGUGUGGUUGCGCACACCGCUUGUUUCUUACCCCCCUUCCAUCCCUGUCUGUUUUCCCCUUCCAUCCAUAUCCCCUCCCCCUUUCAUCUAUGUCUCCUCCCCCGUGUCUCUCUCCCGCUUCCAUCCAUGUCUCUUCCCUAGUGUCUUCCCCCCCUUCCAUCCAUGUCUCUUCCCUAGUGUCUUUCUCCCCUUCCAUCCAUGUCUCUUCCCUGUGUCUCUCUCCCCUUUCCAUCCAUGUCUCUCUCCUUCCUUGCAUCCAUUUCUCUCUCAUCCCUUCUAUCCACAUCUCACUCCCUCCUUUCAUCCAUGUCUCCUCUCAAUGCCUCUCUUCCCCACCUAUCCAUCUAUCUAUCCGUCCAUGUCUCUGUUCUGCUCUCUUCCGUAUCUUUCUCCCCCUUCCAUUAUAUCUCCCUCCCCCUUCCACCAAUGUCCCCCCUCCAUGUCCAGCUACCCCUUCUAUGUAUCCCUACCCUGUUCCAUCUAUGUCUCCUUCCCUUUCAUGUUUCUCCACCUUUCCAUCCAUCUCCCCCUACCCCUUCCAUGAAGGUCCCCUACCCUUUCAUACAUAUCUGCCUACCUCUUCUAUACAUGUCCCCCUCCAUGUUCCCUACCACUUCCCCUCCAUACAUGUUGCCUUUCAUAUCCCCCUACAUCUUCCAUUCAUAUCCUCCUACCCCUGCCAUAUAUGCCUCGUCUCUUUCCAUCCAUGCCCCCCCUCAAUGUCCCAUACCGUUCCAUACAUGUCCACCUACCCCUUCCAUUAAUUUCCUCUUCCAUGUCCCCCUACCCCUUCCAUACAUGUUGUCUUCAAUGUCCCCCUUCCAUACAUGUACCCCUCCAUGUUCCCCUACCCCUUCCAUACAUGUCUUCUACCCCUUCCAUACAUGUCACUUUCCAUGUCCCCCUACCCCUUCCAUACAUAUCCCCUAUCCCUUCCAUACAUGUCCCCCUCCAUACGUGGCGUCUCCAGCAUUCAUAUUUAGGGAGGGCACAUGGGGGAGGGGGCCGGGGCAGAGACAAAAGUAGGGGGGGAAUUCUAAAACGUGUGUGUGUGUGUGUGUGUGUGUGUGUACCCAUUGUACAGUGCUAUGGAAUUUGCUGACUCUAUAUAAAUAAUAUAAUAAUAAUGUGUAUGUAUAUAUACACACACAUAUACACACAGAAACAUGGAGAACAUUCAAAAGUUAACAAAAUUCAGAUUUCCAGCAAUCUCGUUAAAUAGGCUAACGUCUGCUUUAGAUAUGCCAUUGUAACAAUAUCUCAUGAUGCCAGAAUGGUAACAAAACUAUAGUUUUUCAAAAUAUAUAUUUAUUUUUUAAAUAAUUUAUAACAUGCAAUUUGAAUGGAACAGCUAAAAAUGAACAGCUAAAAAUGGUUGGCACUUAAGUUUGUGCCCUGACCUAUAGUUGGUGAAUACUAUACCAACACAAACUAAAAUUACUUGUUUCAUUCUCAUGCUCACAAUAUGUAAUCCUCGGUACAUACAUAUCAUUUACUCAAAAGUUUAAAUUAAAGUUCACGUUACUUACAGUAGUGGUGCCAUUGUCUGGAGUGUCUGCUCCGCUGGCUCAGUCCCUCUGCAAACUGCACUCCCAGGUAGGUAAGGUUUGACACUUUACGUGGGAUCGCACUGCAAACAGUCUGCAAUCUCAGGAGUAAGUGUCACUGUCAUAACACUCGCUGUCUGCAAUCAGGAGUAAGUCACUUUUGUCACACUCACACCACUCACUGUAAUUACUGCAAUCUAUUCACUUUUUUCAAAAUCCGCAAUACCUGCUCCUCUCUGUCUACUUGCUCUGCUCCUGUCUACUUGCUCUGCUCUUGCUCCUUUCUGCUUGCUCUUCUCCUCUGUACUUGCUCCGCCCCUCUCUACUUGCUCUGCUCCUCUUUGCUUGCUCUGUUCUGCUCCUCUCUGCAUGCUCUGCUCCGCUUCUCUCUACUUGCUCUGCUCUUGCUCCUCUCUGCUUGCUCUGCUUCCCUUUAUUUGCACUGCUCUGCCUCCUCUCUGCUUACUCGGCUCCUCUCUGCAUGCUCUGCUCUUGCUCCUUUCUACUUGCUCUGCGCUGCUUCCUGUAUGCAUGCUCUGCUCCUCUAUGCAUGCUCUGCCCCUGUAUGCAUGCUCUGCCCCUCUGUACUUGCUCUGCUCCUCUUUACUUGCUCUGCUCCUCUUUUCUUGCUCUGUUCUGCUCCUCUCUGCAUGCUCUGCUCUUGUUCCUCUCUGCUUGCUCUGCUUCCCUUUAUUUGUACUGCUCUGCCUCCUCUCUGCUUACUCUGCUCCUCUCUGCGUGCUCUGCUCUUGCUCCUUUCUACUUGCUCUGCGCUGCUUCCUCUAUGCAUGCUCUGCUCCUCUCUGCUUGCUCUGCUCCUCUCUACUUACUCUGCGCUGCCUCCUCCCUGCUUGCUCUGCUCCUCUCUGUUUGUUUGCUCUGCUCUUGCAUACACAUAUUGCCCAAUACAUACAAACCAAUACAUGCAAUAUGUGAAUGUAUGUAAUACAUACAUUCACACACAUAUUGCCCAAUACAUACAUCUAUACACACAUCUUGCCUAAUACACACACACAUAUUACCUAAUACAUACACCCCUACAUGCACAGUGUCUGAUAGCUGUGAUAAAUAAUGGUUUAAUUCAUUUGGUUGGGUUUUAUUUAUAAUAUUGUGGCAUUUAAUUUAUAGUAAUGGGUUUGAUUUAAAGGACCACUCUAGGCACCCAGAUCACUUCAGCUUAAUGAAGUGGUCUGGGUGCCAGGUCCCUCUAGGAUUAACCCUUUUUUUUUAUAAACAUAGCAGUUUCAGAGAAACUGCUAUGUUUAUAAAUGGGUUAAUCCAGCCUCUAAAGCCUCUAGUGGCAUCUCAUCGACAGCCGCUAGAGGCGUUUGUGUGCUUCUCACUGUGAAAAUCACAGUGAGAAGACGCCAGCGUCCAUAGGAAAGCAUUAUGAAUGCUUUCCUAUGAGACUGGCUGAAUGCGCGCGCAGCUCCUGCCGCUCAUUCGCAUUCCGCCGAAGAGGAGGAGGAGAGCUCCCCGCCUGGCGCUGGAAAAAAGGUAAGAUUUAACCCUUUCCUCGCCAUCCAGCCCGCGGGAGUGGGACCCUGAGGGUGGGGGCACCCUCAGGGCACUAUAGUGCCAGGAAAACGAGUAUGUUUUCCUGGCACUAUAGUGGUUCUUUAAUCUUUGUUACAGUGAACCUGCCUGACAGGUUCACUGUAAGUAAAACAUUUUUUUUUUCAAAUAUCUAUAAUAUGUAUUAUAAAUGUAAGUGGUCACAUGGUCACUCGAACACUCUUACUUAAGUAUACACACAAUGUCACUUACACAUUCUCACUAACACACACUUACUGAAGUAUACACACAAUGUCACACACUCUCACUAACACACACUAUUAUUAGUAAGCAGUGAGAGUGUCAGUGACAUUAUUAAGUACACACACAAUGUCAAUGACACUCUCACUACUACACACUAUUAAGUAUACCCACACUCACUAACACACACUAUUAAGUAUACACACAAUGCCACUGACACACACUUUUAUUACGUAUACACACAAUGUCACACACACUCACUAACGCACACUAUUAAGUAUACACACAAUGCCACUGACACUCUCACUAACAAAAACUAUUAUUAAAGGACCACUCUAGGCACCCAGACCACUUCAGCUUAAUGAAGUGGUCUGGGUGCCAGGUCCAGCUAGGGUUAACCCAUUUUUUUAAUAAACAUAGCAGUUUCAGAGAAACUGCUAUGUUUAUUAAUGGUUAAGCCUUCCCCCUAAUCCUCUAGUGGCUGUCUCAUUGACUUUGAUUUUCACAGUGAGAGCACGCCAGCGUCCAUAGGAAAGCAUUGUCCAUAGGACGCCAGCGUCCAUAGGAAAGCAUUGUAAAUGCUUUCCUAUGUGACCGGCUGAAUGCGCGCGCAGCUCUUGCCGCGCGUGCGCAUUCAGCCGACGGGGCGGAUCGGAGGAGGAGAGAAGGAGGAGAGCUCUCCGCCCAGCGCUGGAAAAAGGUAAGUUUUAACCCCUUUCCCCUUUCCAGAGCCGGGCGGGAGGGGGACCCUGAGGGUGGGGGCACCCUCAGGGCACUAUAGUGCCAGGAAAACGAGUUUGUUUUCCUGGCACUAUAGUGGUCCUUUAAGUAUACAUACAAUGCCACUGACAAACUCAAGAACACACUCUAACUGAAAUACACACAAUCUUACUGAAGCAUACACAGAUACAAUGUCACUCACACCAGUGUACAGUCACACUUAUAUUUACACACACACAAACAUACACAAAAUAUUCACCCCCCAUGUGGGCCAUACCUGUGCUAGUGAUGUAUAGGAGGAACCAUACUCCUGCCUGCAGGAAGUCUCCCCUUUGUUUCUGCUGGGGGAGCAGGAGAGCCGUGCACAGUGAUCACAGGCUACUUAUUGCUCCCUCCAGCGUGUGUCCGAUGUUUACAGGCAGGGGGCUGCCAGGAUACCAGCUCAUGUCCUGGCUUCCCCUGCCUACAGGAUCCUUCUGUUCAUGGUCUGGGCUCUCAGUAACAUUGAGGUAGCCCAGCGCAGCAAGCAGUAACUUCACUUUCAAUUGGGGGGGGGGGGGCACAAAGGGGGACACAGCCUGAUCUGGGGGCAUGGCCUCCUCUGGUCCCCCUCCUAGAUACGCCACUGUCCACACAUGUCUCCUUCCAUGUUCCGCUACCCCUUCUAUACAUGUCCCCCUACUUAUUCCAUACAUGUCCCCCUACCCCUUCCAUUCACGUCCACUAUCCCUAUCCCUUCCAUACAUGUCCCCUUACUCAUUCCAUACAUGUGCCCCUCCAUGUCCCUCUACCCCUUCUAUUCACGUCCCCUAUCCCUUCCAUACAUGUCCACCUCCAUGUCCCCUAUCCCUUCCACACAUAUCCCCACCCAUGUCCCCCUCCCCCUUUAAUACAUUACACCUCCAUACAUGACACCUUCUAUGUCCCCUUACCCCUUCCAUACAUUUUUUUUGAGUGUGAAUGCAAGAGUGUUUAUGUAUGUGAAAAUGUCUGUGAGGGUGUAAGAUUCUGUCUGUGGUUGUGUGUCUAACUGUGUUUUUAAGAUUGUUUGAUUAUAUGUACAGGGAGUGCAGAAUUAUUAGGCAAAUGAGUAUUUUGACCACAUCAUCCUCUUUAUGCAUGUUGUCUUACUCCAAGCUGUAUAGGCUCAAAGCCUACUACCAAUUAAGCAUAUUAGGUGAUGUGCAUCUCUGUAAUGAGAAGGGGUGUGGUCUAAUGACAUCAACACCCUAUAUCAGGUGUGCAUAAUUAUUAGGCAACUUCCUUUCCUUUCCGAACAAUCAAGCGUUUCAUUCAAAAUAGUCAACAGGGUCGCAAGAAGCGUGUGGAAAAACCAAGGCGCAAAAUAACUGCCCAUGAACUGAGAAAAGUCAAGCGUGCAGCUGCCACGAUGCCACUUGCCACCAGUUUGGCCAUAUUUCAAAACUGCAACAUCACUGGAGUGCCCAAAAGCACAAGGUGUGCAAUACUCAGAGACAUGGCCAAGGUAAGAAAGGCUGAAAGACGACCACCACUGAACAAGACACACAAGCUGAAACGUCAAGACUGGGCCAAGAAAUAUCUCAAGACUGAUUUUCCUAAGGUUUUAUGGACUGAUGAAAUGAGAGUGAGUCUUGAUGGGCCAGAUGGAUGGGCCCGUGGCUGGAUUGGUAAAGGGCAGAGAGCUCCAGUCCGACUCAGGCGCCAGCAAGGUGGAGGUGGAGUACUGGUUUGGGCUGGUAUCAUCAAAGAUGAGCUUGUGGGGCCUUUUCGGGUUGAGGGUGGAGUCAAGCUCAACUCCCAGUCCUACUGCCAGUUCCUGGAAGACACCUUCUUCAAGCAGUGGUACAGGAAGAAGUCUGCAUCCUUCAAGAAAAACAUGAUUUUCAUGCAGGACAAUGCUCCAUCACACGCGUCCAAGUACUCCACAGCGUGGCUGGCAAGAAAGGGUAUAAAGAAGGAAAUCUAAUGACAUGGCCUCCUUGUUCACCUGAUCUGAACCCCAUUGAGAACCUGUGGUCCAUCAUCAAAUGUGAGAUUUACAAGGAGGGAAAACAGUACACCUCUCUGAACAGUGUCUGGGAGGCUGUGGUUGCUGCUGCAUGUAAUGUUGAUGGUGAACAGAUCAAAACACUGACAGAAUCCAUGGAUGGCAGGCUUUUGAGUGUCCUUGCAAAGAAAGGUGGAUAUAUUGGUAACUGAUUUGUUUUUGUUUUGUUUUUGAAUGUCAGAAAUGUAUAUUUGUGAAUGUUGAGAUGUUAUAUUGGUUUCACUGGUAAUAAUAAAUAAUUGAAAUGGGUAUAUAUUUGUUUUUUGUUAAGUUGCCUAAUAAUUAUGCACAGUAAUAGUCACCUGCACACACAGAUAUCCCCUAACAUAGCUAUAACUAAAAACAAACUAAAAACUACUUCCAAAAAUAUUCAGCUUUGAUAUUAAUGAGUUUUUUGGGUUCAUUGAGAACAUGGUUGUUGUUCAAUAAUAAAAUUAAUCCUCAAAAAUACAACUUGCCUAAUAAUUCUGCACUCCCUGUAUGUGCAUCCACAGUAACGUCCCUAUCCUCCGCAAUACUGCCACACCACACCACACCACAUUAAGGCCCCAAUCCCACACACUAAGCCCCUAUCCAUCACUAUACUCCCCCUCUCCCCCACACAAAGUCCCUAUCCCACACAACACUGCACCAAUCCCUCUAUGGUAAAGCCCAUAUUCACUCACAAUACUGGGGCUAAAACAUUGACUAUAUGCUUAAAGCAGCGCUGUCACUGUCUGGUGACUUUGCUUAAUUUGCAAAGAUCCUUCAUGGUGACAUCGCCGCUGGCAGUCCCUUGGCUGGAGAAGGCAGGGAAAGGUGAUAUUUACAAACCUGAACCUGUCCCUCGUAGGCACUGCCAUCUUCUUCUCUCUGGUUCUUUUUUGCAUGCGCAAGAGUGCACCUAUGAAAUCCAUGAAGGAAUCAGUGAGACUGCAGGAUCCUCUAUAGAUACAGCUAAUAUUUCUGCAACCAUCACUGGUGACGACUGGGAAAAAGACACUUCUGUCAAUCUUCUGUGGGAUACAGAUGAUUACAGAUGGAUCCCAGAAGAGUCAAUAAGAAGGAAAUACGUGCAAAAUUGAUUCUUUAUAUAAAAGAUUCUCAAAGACAUGGAGAGUCCCCAAACCCCAAUUUUUCAAGCUCAUUGGAAGUUCUGGGAUUGGUUUUAGCAGUGCCUUCUGAUUUAUUUAUUUUUAAUCAGUAGUUUUUUUCAGAAAGGUUUUGAAAUUUCAAUUAAACUGCAAUUUGGUUUUUUUUCCCACUAAACACAAUACUGUUUAUUACUGGAGAAAUAGAUUUAUGACAGCAAUCAAGAAGAUUAGACCUAGAAUGAUAAAUCCAAUUGGAAUUUACAUUUUGUUCCUGACCAAAAGAACCAGUUGAACCUGAUGUACAAUACUGUUAAUGCUUGAGUCAGUUGUUUUGUAUAUAAUUGCACUGGUUAAGUAGAUUGAAGAAUUUAAAGUUGUGAUCGAUGUUCUAUAAUAAGUGAUCCACUUAAAACAGUGCAAUAACUAAGUUCAAAGACUGUAUUGUGGUUUGCAGUAGCACAAUACUUUUUGUUAGGGAAAUUUAAACUUGUUUGUUGUCUCCCUCUUCCCUACAAGUCAUUCAUUUUAAGGAUUGUCUAUUAUAUAUUUCUGUUCCGUAACCUAGAAUGAUAGCUUUUAGGAAAUAGGUUUGCAUGAUUAAUUACCUUCUUCUGUGCCUUUGCUCUUUUGUGGUAUGUAUUUUGUAGUUGUUUUGGUAUCCCAUGUGUUAUUAGACUUGGCUUGAUAACAUCUAAAUUACCAGUGUUUUCAGUUUUUCCCUUGCCUUGAUACAUGUUAUUUAUGUAUAUUUUCCUGUGAUUAACAGAUAAUUAUCUUUAUAUUAUCUAUAGAUUAUCAUGAUUGUUUUUGAUGUUUCUCAUGGGCACCGUACAUAUGUGAUUUACAUAAUAAAGUUGAUUUGUUCUUACUGGUUAUGUUCCUCAUUCUGUAUUGAAUUGAUUUGUGUUUCUAACAGCCUUUCUGCCAUUGCUAACUGGCUAAACUUGUCUGAAACAGAACGUCUUCUCUUUCCUCCCUUCACCUCUACUCCUGUGGCACUACAAUCAGCUCUACCUCACAGGCUUGCUUCCUAUAUGUUGUCUUUGACUUCAACCUCUCCUUCACCCCUUAUGUCCAGUCAACUGCCAAAUCGUGCCGCUUACAUCUCAAAUGCUGGAUGCAGCUAAGGUGCUAGCCAAUACCAAAUGUCAUAUCUUGACUUGACUACUGUAAUUCGCUUUUCAUUGGUCUUUAUGCAUUCCCAGUGUGCCCCAUUACAGUCUGUAAUGAAUGAUGCAUCGAGUCUCAUCUUCCUGUCCGCCAGCACCUCCCACUCCAUUCCUUCUGUUACUGGCUUCCCAUAAGAUAUAGGACUCAAUUUAUAAUUCUGGUACUUGCUUACAAAUCUCUCCUAACUACCUAUCCACACUAAUACACAAAUAUGCCCCUUGAAGGCCCAAACUUUCUGCUGAAGUCCUGUGUCUAUCCUCUGUUUGUACUUGCACCUCUGAUUCCCAACUUCAAGUUCCUAUGGAACUCCCUCCCUUCUACAUUAGACUCUGACCCAGUCUCCAUUCCUAAAGAAAAUCACUGAAAACUCACUUAUUUAGGGAAGCAUUUCAAACGGUUAACUGCUUUCCAUUCACGCAUUUAGGUAACCCACCUUACUUCCUCUCUUGCAACUGUGUAAUAACCAUACAAAUAAUUAAAUUUAAAAAUAUACAUCUACACACAUUUCAGUUGUUUAAAUUCAUAUUACAGAUUCUGCUUAUGGUUAGAAAGAUACACUUCAAAUACCAUAACCACUACAGUUCGCUGGGCGAACCCUACCCUCCCUUCCCCUGCAAGCAUUAGCUUAACACAGAGAUCUUCCAGCAGGUUACUGGUACCCAGCAGAUUUCAGCUAAGUAAUCAAAAUGUUGGCAAACCAUUGGCCAAUUACAUUUGGGGCACAAAUUCUUUGUGUAACCAUUACAUUCUUUGACAUUAUGAAUUUAAAUUUUGUCCAACCUGGUCUGCAUUGAUUGGAUGAGAGUACUGGGUUAAUCCACCCCCUGCACUCUAGGCCAAUUAAUGUCAUCUAGGUUGGACGAAAUGGACAUGCUGAAUUACCAGUGCGGCUAAUAUGGGCAGGUUUGGAUCCUACUUAAGCUAUGUCUGGUUUUUAGGCCAUUCACUGGCUGAGAGUAUCUAUUACAUAGUCCCUCUGCCCUUUUUGUUCUCCUGUCCAAUUCCCAUUACAAAGAAAAGAGCUAGGACAGGUGGUAGGUGCCCCCUGGUCCCAUUACCUUUACCAUAGUGAUCAAUGUACUAUAUGCAGCCACUUGACCUUAAAUAAUGCAACCCCACCCCUCCAAAGAAAAAACAGAAAUAUGUAGAUAACCUGCUUCUUCAAAGAUCUUUCCUUUAUUCCAAUACCCCAGUAACCCAGCAAGUUUGUGGGAUAUUGUGUUCCUUUUAAAGUAUUCAUACAUCAUCAGUUGGCCGCAGGACAAUAGUUCACAGUUUCCUGAAAGUCUCAUAAUCCCAGUUAUCUAUAAUUGAUUUCAUGAAUACCUAGUGGCAGCAACAGAAGAGGUCAAAACCUGACAACAAUCUACAAUGACAUAUUGGCAUAUAAUACAAGCGUUGGCAAACAGACUUGUUUAAAACACACGUUAGCCACUUUGACCUUUUUGCUAGAGAGCAAUAUAUCUGAAAUCUGUAUAAAAAAAGUUAAUAGCAGCAUGUUAUGUGUUAAUUGUGUUUAUGCAUUAAUUAUGAAUGUUCCAGCCAACCUAAUGAAUAAAACAGGCUAUUAAAAAACAAAACAAAAAAAAAGAACAUUUCCUGCUGGGUUAGAGUUGGUUGCUAUGUUACGGCGUCCUGGUAAUAUGUAAAAAACAGUAUAGAAAGGGAAUGCCUAAUGACAGGGUGUAUAGUUACUAAUGCAAAGGCAGAUCACACGGUUCCAUUUGAGAUCUGCAGGAACAUUUACAAUGCUUGUAACAUGAUGCUCACACUGUCAAACUACAAGCUGCCAUUAUUGUUCAAUAUCACUAUUGUUUGUUUGUUUGUUUAACAUUUAGCAUGCGGACAGGAGAGCGAAGCUGAAAUCACUUGGUAAGAUCUCCACCCCGGAUCUUUUAAUUUAAAGAAUUGGGUUUUUUUGGGCUAUGAAAUAUUUCUUAAUUAUUUUAUUGUGAGAAAAUGCAUUUCAAAAUCAGAAGCUUGCUUGUUUGGAGUGCCUGCAAUAAUUAUAACAAGAAUGUGUGUAGACGGACAUUUAAGUUUAUGUAAGAUAUAAGUUGUGAAAUUUGGGUUACUAUAUCAUAAUAUUUUGCAGAUGAAUUAUGUAUGAGUAAAGUUAUUUGUGACAAUGUGAUUGUCACACUUUUAGUAAUUGUUACUGUACUGUUAAUAACUCAGGAACUUUGCAUGCAAUCAGCUCUGUGCUACUCUGUAACACAGUCACAAGUAUUGAUAUUUUAAUUUAAUUAUUUUUUUGAUUCUCUAAAUUACAGUGGCAGCUGGUAAAGCUUUAAAGCGGCCCUGUUAGGGGUGCAUUCAUUUUUUUUAAACCCCUCUCCCGACUCCUCUAAACUUUGAACCCCCAACCAUCCCCAAAUGCCUCUAUGUCCCCCAUUUCACAAUUUUUUUACUGCCUCAUUUCUUCUCUGGAUCUAUUUCCUAAGAUCUGCCAUCGUAGUGUUCCUCGAAAUUACAUUUAUUGUAUCACCUUCAUCUGCCCACACUAGCCAGAAAUCAUGAAAAAAACACAAUAACAUUGUGAGAAGAGGUGAAUAUUCAGAUAUAUGCCCCCAACGUUUCAUCAAAAAAGCCUUUAUCAAGGGCACAUGUUCCCUCAUUCUGUUGUACAUGUACCUUGUUUUUAGGUUCUAUGGUGCAUAGAACCUUUGAGUGAAAACCCUGAUAUUACACUUGUUCACUGAUUAAUUCUGUGGUCUAACUGUUGUAGUGUGCCUGCCUUUUUAAUUUUAUUACUAUACUUAAAGUGAACCUGUAAUGGAAAAAUGAUUUACCUUAAAUUGCUCGCAUAUACAUUAAAUACAACAUAUAUUAUAAAAAUACAUGGAAUACUAAGAGUAAAAUAUAAAAUGUACUCAUUUAACCCCUUAAGGACACAACUUCUGGAAUAAAAAGGAAUCAUGAUGGAAUAUUUCCGUCAUGUGUCCUUAAGAGGUUAAACUUUUCCUCCAUUCUAGAGCCACUUCAUGGGUGUAACUCUUUGUGUAACAUUUACCUACUGGCCAGCCUCUGCUCCUCCUGUGCUCCGACCUCAGUUCUUCAAAAUGUUGUCCUGCUUGGGCAGGGCAAAUGUUGUCAGUGAUGUUGCUUCGUUACCAGCAUGGUGGUGACAGAACGGAGUGACAUUACAAUAUGUUCCUAUAGUCCAGACAGGGAGUUUCCAUAGCAACCACAGGGCAUGCACAGUGGUUGCUGUGGGUGGAGAGCAGAGGGACUUGUGUGUGUGGUCUUUUCUUAUUGCUGCAGUGGUUAUGGUGCUAGAAGUGUUCAUUUAACCAAAGUAAUCUCUAAAUUAAACAGCUUUUAUUUUCCAGAGUGCCAGGAUUGGUUUGGAAUUCCCAGCCACAUUCUCAGCAAUUAAAACAAUUACAGAGGAUAAUGUUGUUUUUUACAAGAGGAGGCAUUUUGGUUUUGACUUCCUUUUUCUUAUCAAAUGUUUAAUGAAAAACUGAAGUAAAAACAAGUGACAUAGUAAUAACAAAUUUAUGAUGAAGGAAGAAAGGGGACCACCUCCCCUAAUCUCCCCUCAUGCUUUAAUGGUAUUAUGGCUGUACAAGCAUUAUGUGAGAUGGAGUCUGCAACAUCUGUGCCAAUGGUUGCUUCUACUCUAGUUAAUUAGGCUAUAUUAUUGAUGCCUAGCUGUGAGAAGGGAGAUAACGAGAUUUAGUAAAAGGAAGAAUGUAAGUAUAGUGAAAGAUUGAGAAGACAGUUAAAGGAAGCCAGGAGAGGGUCUGUAAAAGAAGGAAUAAAAAUCGAGGCACAGGGAGAGGUGCCUUUAUGGUCAGAUAGGACUCAGAGAGAUGUAUUUAAGAAAAACGAGUGAUCGGAAGUGUGCCUUUAAUGUGAAAUAUCCUUUAAAUAUGAACCACCAGCUCUAGGAAUGGCUCGAUCUGCUUGUUAUUAGUUUACAUAAGAUUUAACUUUAUUUUAACUUUAUUUUAAUCUUUGCAGAUUUAACCUAAUAUCCCAUUUGUACCAUUGAAAAUCUCUAUAUGGAGCUUCCAGAUGCUGAUCAUGACCUCAGUGAUUUGCUUAAGCUUGAGAAUUCAGAGGCUCAUUCAGCAAGAAACGCAACUGAUGAUGAACAAGAAGACUUACCAUAUGAUGGGAUCCUUGAACGUUAUUUAAUUCCAACUACUGACCAACAUGAUUUUAGCAUUUCUGGUGAGCAUUCCGAGUGUCACUGAGCUAAAAAGGGUAGCAGGAGCAUGAUUGGCUUAAAAUCCCAGUCAUGUUCUGUUAUCUGCAUAAAACCUAAUAUUUUUCAUUUUAUUUUCAUUUAAUUUUUUUGUACAUUUGAAUACAUAAUCUAUAUAAUAUGUUAAAAUUAGGUGUCUGCACUAGCCUUCUUUUAUUUCAGCAUAUGCAUACUAUUCAGGCUGUUAAUUACAUUUGGGAAAUAAAGCCUCAUAUGUCUGAUUCACCUAACUCUCGUGUUGAUUUACAGAUUUAAACCAGUGUUCCAUUUUUACAGCUGACAGUUUCUGUAUAGAGAUCUCAUCAGCAGGUAAUGACAUUAAUAACUCCGCUAAGCUUGAGAUCUCAGGGGUUAAUGCAACAAGUGACACAACUGAUGAUGAACAAGAAGAUCUACCUUAUGAUGGAAUCCUUGAAUGCUAUUUAGUUACAAAUACUGACCACGAUGAAGACAAUAAUUCUGGUGGGGACAUAUCUUGCCACCAAGCUUUCACUGAUCUAAUAGAGACAGAAGUUAAGAGCAGUGUAAAGGAUUGUGAAAUCCAUACAUUUCGAGCACCUUUGCAUACCCCAGAGAGUGAUGUAUAUAGUGUUUCUGAAAGAUCAACUAGCUACAGAAAUAAUGAAGAAACAAAACAAAUUGUGACUGAUGAAGGACAGACUAAGUUUUGUACCACAAAAAUCCCAGAAGUCCUUCAACGUCAUUUUAGUGAUGACGCUUUGCUACAUCCAAGCCAGUUUAUUGAUUAUGAAACUAUUCCCGAAAUAUCCAUUGCUGAAAGUAGUGAGGAACUCUUAAGUAUACAAACAUGGAAAAAAUGUAGCCAGCAUGAUUCGGAAACUGAACAAGAAGAUGAUUUUGAAACGUUUAUGGUAGAAACCAAUAUUAAUGUGAACCAGUGCUCAAAUGUAACUACAGAAAGAGGUUCUGAUGAGAACGAUGCCCUAUCUGAUGAAAAUGGCAGAGAGACGAUUUCCAAACUUGAAGAACAAAGUAGAAAGCAGGAUGAUCUUUUUAUCGAUGGAACUGAUAAAGAGAAUCAAUGUCAUCGAGAUAACGUGGAACGGCGAUCUUCAUCUCAUGAUAUCAAGUAUGGCCAAGGGCAAGUUCAUUACAAACUCCCUGAUUUUUCAAAGAUCCCACCAAAGGUAAAGAUACCCAAGGGAAAUGGUCAUAUAAAAGCUUUUCCUGCAAUGAAACGAACCAGAUCCUCUCCCAAUUUGACAGGACCAUCGAAUGUUAUCAAAGAUAUUUUGGAGUCCAUGCAACCUUUUGUUGAACAUGACCACCUCAACGAAUCAGGCCAGACCUCUGGACAAGUGCAUGCUCAGGUGAUUGAAAUACCUUAACUGUUGAUAAUCUAAAUAUAACGUGAUGUAAAAUAGUAUGUGUGUAAAAAGUACAGCAAGUUGAAAAAUUAGUAAUUUAACAAAAAAAAGUUUGCCGUAAUGUAUGCUAAUCCCAAUACCUAAUGUAGUACUUGGUAAAAGAAUUAAAAUACUUCACACACAUUUAAUAAGGACUGUAACACUGUAAUAGCACUAUAUGUAAUUCUGGACAGUGUACGUAAAGAUAAUUAUUUUGGUGUACAUGCAUGUUUUAUAUGGAUACAUCAUGCAAGCAUAUUCGAUAUAUGAAUUAAAAAUAACAGUUUGUUAGUUUAGACAAUUUGUAUAGUUGAAAAGAUAGAAGUAUUAAUAGAAGAUAAAUUAACAUUAAAAGCAAAUUCAUAUGAAAAAAAAAGUUGUGAUAAAGAUUAUCAUUGGCCAUAUAGACAUGGCUUUUGAUACAUUCAGUGUAAACAGGUGUUGAACAUCAUUUGGCAGAUACAGUUCUGUCAUAUUCUCACACACCCCAUCAAGAGUGACAAACUACAAAACAAUAUAAUGAUGGGUGUGAGACAGCCUAAAGACAAUGCAAGAAAGAACCUGUUGAUAAAUAGGACAGAAUAAUCUUUUGUUUUUAUAGACUUUAAUGAAGCAGAUGGAAGUACAUGCAUACAGGCCAAACCCCAACAUCGGAAAUCAAUACAUUAGCCAUCAAUUGAUGUAAAAUAACAGAUGAUAUUCAGUAUCUUGUUCAUUGUCCUUGAAUAUCAGUAAUAAAAAAAAUGUACAAAUUGAUUCAAAAUCCCUAAAUUUGGCAUUUUUAAUCAUUCUUCAGGUUUACCAGAUACCAGGUGACGCUAAUGAAAACACAGCUAACAAUGUGUCUCUAUCAAAUGGAGAAGGUUUUACCACAAAGUCUUCUCAGGCUCAAAUUUUCCAGACAGAAAUUCCAUGUCAAGGUAUAUCAAUUCAAAAUAAUAUUUCAUGUUUUUAUUACAAUGCAAAUAACGUAAAGAACAUGUACAUCAAAUGGAGAAGCUGUAUAAACACUUCUCCAAAACUUGAGGGAAUUACAUUACCUUAAUUCAGCCCAUUGGCCUAUAAUGAUAUUCUAGAAAAGGACAUGGGUGGGCUAAAUAAUGGAUUCCUCUGCUGUCUGACCACAUCAUUAUUGGAAAAGUGCUGACCUAAAAUGGUGGUAGCUACAAAUAGCUGCUACUACUAAGUUAAAGCAGGCAGGACAUGUGCAUUAUGGAGAAUAAAUGUCCCAAUAUGCAGGAAAAUAGUGGGAGUGGCACUCCUAAAUGGCAUCGUCAGCUAUUUUAAUAAUGGCAGGUGAGAUAACCGUCACCUAGGAAUGUAACUCCCACUAUCUUAGGCAGAACUGAGAUAUGCCCUUACUGUAAAGUCCUCCACUCAACCCUUACACUAUUAUAAAACACUAUACUACCACCAAACAAUACCUUCCCCUACCCCAACCCACUACACUAAACAUUACCCCAUCAUCUAUAUUGACACUCUACAUUAACACUAUUAACAACUUUUACUACCCCAACCCACUAUAUAAAACAUUAACCCCCCACACUAUAAUAACACACUAAGCUAUCACUAAACAUUAACUUUCACUACCCCAACCCACCAUUGAUAUAAUCCUUAGAAUAUCGUAAUGCUUACAUUAAUCCUAUCCUUAAAAUAUCAACAUGUUAAAGAUACAGAAAAAAUGGUGCAAGGAAGGAGAACUGGUGUCAGGGUCGUGUGUGCCCAGGCUCAUUGAUGCACGUGGGGAACAAAGGCUUGUCUUUUCCAACCACACAGAAGAGCUAUUGUAGAGAGAUAUAAUAAAGAGAGAUAAUGUUGUGCAGGAUCCACAUAUAGUACUUGUGGUAAUGGAUAUGUGGAAGAAUAUAGUGUAGUAUGCCAGACCAAUUAGCAGCAAUGAUGGUAGUAAAAGUUGUGCACUCACAUAUUAUGGAGCCUAAACAGUGGCUCCAUAUAUUUAGUGUGAAGUGGUAUGAUCCUCACUCUAGGAUAUAGGUGAUGUAGGAGUCGCUCCAUGUAUAAAAGAGAAAUAAAGCUAAAAUAGUGUACACUGUAAAAAUGGAGUGAGAAGAUAAAAUAAAUAAAAACGUACUCACAUUAAGUAGAGCAAAAAUAUGUUUGCUCAAUCCAAUAGGCACUAGUGGUUUAUUAUCCCCAUCAAGGAUAUGGCUGUUAGGAAUCCAGUAGCAAUCGAUAUGGUUCAAUAAAAAAACUAUUUUUAUUAAAAAUAUAAAACAAUGUUUUGAUACACUGACGCGUUUCACUAAUAAAAUGGCUUUAUCCAAAAUGUUUACAGACUAAACGGACCAGGGCUGCUUACAAAGGGCUGUACAAUUUGAAAAUAAUGGUCGUAUGAUAUCAUCGUCACAUGACCGGAAGUUAAUUGGCAUUAAAAUACUAAAGGAUGAAAAACAAACAAACAAAAAAGAGAUACAGACACAUGGUUCAACCAAUUCCCAUAAUUAAAGUAUGCUAAAAUGCCUAAACAUUUAUUUAAAAACAUUAUACCAAGCAAUCAAUCAUUAUUAUGGACAGUUAGGUAGCAAGGAUGCCACAUUCAACACAUAUUUUUUAUUUUAAAUUCCUCAUCUCUUAACGUGGCUGCAAUGCCUUAUUUUUAUUUUAAAAUGUAUAUAAACAAAUAUUAUUUUGGUUAUUAUAAUAAUACAUUACCCAUGUUGAGCUGAUGUAUAAAUAAAUACAGAUAAUGCUACAAAUGGUAUUAAAAACGAGAAUGUCCGUGUUGGUUUUUGUUUUUUUGCUAAAGCUGGAAGUCCGGUGAAUUGCACAAUUUUAGGACAAAUUAUUUGAGCUUCAAAAUUAGCUGAGAUGGAUCUCUUUUGCAUUUUUUCCCAAUAUAUUUACAUUACAUUUUUACAUCAAUGUUAUAUGUAAAAAGGAGACAAUAUAAUAAUCACUUAAGAAAAGUAAAUCAAUAUGCAUAUAAUCUACAAAGUAAAUGGUGAGAAGAGAAUUUGCGAAUUCUUUUUUGAAAUUUUAAACUGAUCAUUUGUAUUUGCUUUUCAAUUUUCCACAACUCAUGGUUUAGUAAAAAAAACAAAAACAAACCUCAUAGUUUGUUAUUACAAUUUAUUGACUGUAAAUAAAGAGUAAUACAAUGUAUAAAGAAUAUCUCAACUAGUUGUGUAAAAGUAGAAAGGCUGUUAUUUAAUAAUGCUGUUGCAUGCACUUCUCUAUGCACAUUUUUUAUAGUGAUCUGAUGCUUUAUUACCGACAUUGUAGUUUUUAUGAUCACUAUUGCCAUGUUACGCUGGAUUCCAUACCAGACACUAAACAACAUGGUCUAAUAGGAGCAGCUAGAUCUGUGGCUCUGUUGCCAUAGAUGACAUAGACCCGAAUGAGGCAGAGAAUAUUCAGUCUAACAACGCGGCUCCUGAACUUAAUGGCAAAAAUAAUGAAGAAGUCCAGAUUGACAAAGUAUAAAGAUGUAAAUGCCAAUAAAACAAUACUAAGCAAUCUUACACAAUUUGUGUUUGAUAACUAGCAUUUCCAGUGCUUGUUGAUACUCAUCCCCAUCCAGUUUUGUGUAUAUAGCCAACUCCUCAAUGCAUAUUAUAGUUGCUAUAGGUAUGUGCAGGCUAUUUAUAUGUGUCACAGACUAAUGUAUUUUCUCUACAUUUGAUUUGCCAGCUUUAGCAGCUAGCAAAAUUCAUUUUUUUCCCACCAGCCUUCUUACAUUUUCUGUUCUCCUUUACCAGUUUUUUUCUACAACACACCAUUCAUAGGUGGUGUCAGUCCGGAGCCAACUGAGCACUUUGUAUCCCAAGUUUGUGUCUGGCUGGUACAGGUUUUCAAACUAGCUCUGGGUCCCUUGUUCAGUUACACAGCCUCAUUAUUCUGGGUUGUGUGAUAGAAUUGAGUGUCUGCAGUGAUAUCACUAUUACUGCUGUCUGCCAAUACACCCACAAAGUCACAAGCCUAUAAGGAGCCUGAGCUACGCCAUCCAUCACAACACUACAAUAUAUAACUGAGUUUACCAAUAUACAUUGUAUUAUUGCAAUAAUUGACAGUUGAUAAUGUUAUGACAUUUGUUCUUUGCAGGAGCUACUUUUCACGGCGCUAAUUUAUUUUGUCCGAAAGUGACCGAUGUAUCUUUGAAUGCUGUUCACACACAGGGUACAACGGAAGGAGAAAGGAUGUCUGAAAUGUUAGAGGAACAAGCCCAGCAGAUAAAAGUUAAAGUAAUAAAAAUAUACGUAUACAUUUUACUAGCCGAGUGCGUAAAUAGCAGUUUAGUAUAAAAAUAAUAAUAAUAAGAAGGCAACAGGGAGUUGGAUUAUAUGGACAUUUGUUAUCUUUGCUGAUUGAAAAGCAAUGUUCCCAUAGACAUUAAUGGAAAAAUUGCAAUUUCAGUACUAGACAUAUGUUAUCUCUAGCACAGAGAGAUCAGUGUCUUUUAUUAGCUAGUUAAUUUGCUGUCAGGUUCUUUCUCUUCCACAGACACAUGACAUCUCAUCUUUCAGUAUUUUAAAAAAUAGUUUUUAUAAUUCUUUAUUUUUGUUGUGCAUAAAGAACAUAAGCGCAUACUUUCACUGUUUUUUAACAGGCGUUAUUACUUACAACCUAAUCGUGAAUAAAUGUAUGUCUAUAUUGAAACUGGUGUUAUGUGAUAAUAUCCUAGACUGUUACCACUUUAAAAGAGAUAAACUUGGGAUGACUUAUGCUCAUUUUUGUGAAAAAAAACUCAAAAAACUAAAGCUCCAGAACGAUUAAACAUCUUUAAAAAAAUACGUUCUGGAGGUAUAGUAAUGGUAUUAUAGGUGUCACAUGUAAGGGCCCGGGCAAGAAACUGAGAAUAUGCAUCACAAGCAAAAAAAUUAUAUGCAGUAGUUUAGAAACACUAAGAUUCUUUUUCUGGAGGGAAGGUGGUAAGCCCAAAAAAUAUGGGAAUUUUUUUUUGUCUUUUUAAUUCUGUACUAGGUUUCCGUUCUGUAGGGCACCUCCCUCCUGAUUGCUAGCUGUUUGGCGAAACUUUCUUGAGAGCAUCAAGGCAUGGCAAAUCAAUUUUGACCAAACUUUACCCUCCUAGCGCUGUUUAAACUGAAUGUUAUAAUUGGAUUGUACCCUGUGGUGGUUUCCCAUUGUUUGGUUAAUCUAAGAGCGUGUAUAUUCUUGUUUAUCGCUUGCGUAUCUGACCUUGGCAUUACAUUGACUAUUUUACCUUCUGACAUCCUAGACCAGGCAUAGGCAACCUUCGGCGCUCCAGAUGUUUUGGACUACACCUCCCAUGAGGCUUUGCCAGCAUUAUGGGUGUAAGAGAAUUAUGGGGGAGGUAGUCCACAACAUCUGGAGUGCCAGAGGUUGCCUAUGCCUGUCCUAGACCUUGGCUAGUCUUGUACUAUUGUGUUUAACAUUCAGUUCAGCCACUCUAAGGCUCUGUAAUAUGCUUUUCUCUGUUUAAUUGUAUUUGUAUUACUUAAGCUCUGCGUUUUGGGUUGUAGCUAUCCAUGACAGUUUUGCACAUGCCAGGUCUCCUUUAAGAAGGAUUUUCAGGAAUUUCCAUUGAACUUUCCAUUCGGACAGCAGAGUCACCUGCUCAUGAGGGUAGGCAUGCCAUGGGCUUCUGUACUCAGGGGGUGGGGUUACAGUACCCACAGGAGAGAGUAGCAAGAAGCCAUCUUGGAAGUAGCAGCAGCUCAUGUCCCUUGCCAAAUGUAAGUGUUUAAUUUGAUCUUUUUCUCUCCCCAAUAGCCCUAGUGUCUGCCUGGGGGCUGAUUAAGCAAUAAAGCCAGGGAAGCCCACGGGUGACAAGGGGAGGGGAACAUUUCUGAUACAGAGCACUGUGCUUAAUAACUCUUACUGCACUUACACACCAUCUUCUAUAAAGUGCUCAGUCACUCUACAGCUGAGACCCGAGACACUCAUGCUGUGGCUAAUUGAAAAGUUGUGAAGCUUCAAGCUAUAGGACUGGAGCUGUGACUCUGAGGACUGAUCUGAUUCUGAUUUCAAUGUAUUUUAAUCUGUGCUGAUGCUGUUAACCAUGUCUGCUACUUCUUGGUUGCAGGUUAAUUAUAUUGCCAUCUGCAAAGGUGAUAAGGAGUCUAUCAGUAUCUUGCUGUUUUAACUAUGUGCACACUGUGUAACAGUGAGUCAGGAAUAGCUGACAUGAUUUGAGCCACACUGUGUGCUGAGCAUAGAUGUUGUUACAAGGGGGCGUUGCUACUGACACAGUAUCUAGGAAACCAAGCCAGCCCAGUUCAACGACAGAUUUGCCAAAUCACUAUGUCAGACCGACAGACAUUCACAAAUGUAAUGAAGAAUAAAAAAUAAAUAAAGUAAAUACAAACAUAUUGGGGUUGAAGAAAAAAGGGAGAAAGGGACAUGCGUGGGCAAUGAUCUCUCAGUUAUUUACACGAUUUCUGAGCUUUCCAGAGCUUAACAAAUGUCUCCUCUGUGUGGCGAACAUAAGCAAUUUUUUACUUAUUUAAACUUUUUGUUUCAGUUUAUUUCUUUUGUGCUGAAGUCAGUUGGCAGAUAUUUAUUGGUUAUCUCGACUUUCAUGUACAUAACCAUUUACAUAGAAAUGAAUUGGUUUCCUCUCCUAGGUUGAAAACUUUUCAGAUUGUCUAAUUAAGGAUUCAUUACCUGUGAAGGAGCAGCACCUGGUAAUCACUCUCCAUCUGACCUGCUGCAUGUUGUGAUGCUGUGCAUUCCUAAACAAUACCUCCAUUUCCAGUGCUUUGUUCUAUGUGACAAUGCUCUUCUUUAUUUCUAUUUAGAGUUAAAUAUGACAAUGUCCCUAGGCUGUUUUUAAAAUAACUUGAUAAUUUCAGGCUACAAUUAUGGAUCAAGAACAACGAAAUAUACACAUAGUAGGAUUAUUAGCGUAAUUGCAAUUUAUUGAGGAUCAAGACAGAAGCAGGCCUUACAGUCAUUACAUAUCUAUUUUUAAAUGUUUGAGUCAAAUUCUGUUUAAGUAUAAAGUCAUUCUAACUUUAGAAAAACAAACAAACAAAAAAAUGCAAAAAGUAAAUUUUUUGGCCUCCUCCUGCCAAACACUGCAAAAAAUAGGAAUACAAUAAUUUUGACUCACCUGAAAUUCCAGGCGCUGUUGACCUCUCCUCCCCCUUUGACGUCAGCUCCAGAGUAGAGCCUAAUGGAGCCUCAAUGCUUUCCUAUGGACGUUCUGCAUGCUCAAUGUGAUUUUCACAUUCAGCGCCGGGGAAGCCCCUCUAGUGGCUGUCUUCCUGACAUGUUACAGCUGCGGGGUUAAAACCUGGGGGACCUGGCACCCAGACCACUUCAUUGAGCUGAAGUGGUCUGGGUGACUAUAGUGGUCCUUUAACCUUCAUGCUCAAAGAGUGAAUGAUUAGGAUGAGAGACGAUUUGUUAUGUCCUUCUUGAUUAACCCUUUGAAUCAGUCAGUUGUUUAUGGGGAAAUAGAAGAUAGCACAUAAGAAAUAGUUUUGCACAACUCAAGUUUCAUUUGUUUGUUCUAUGAAAUUCUGUGUUUAAAGCGAUUUGUAUUCUUACAUGAUUCUGCAUGGUUUUAAUCUGCCUGACCAUUUAGCCUGGCAAAAAAACAUUGUGUUUUGUGAUAAUGAUAAUAUUCCUACAGUAGAUAAAGCAUGUCUGCAUAUAGAAACACGUGGAGGUUUAUUCAUGAAACAGUCAUUUUGUAAUGAAUGAAAUACUGAUUUGCAAAAUUUAGGCUAAAAUAGCCACUUUGUGCCUAUUGAUGAGUUGUAGAAUAUUUUCAAAUGAGCUAUUGUUCACUACAUUUUGCAGUUAGGGUUUCAAUGCAUUACAACCUAAACAUUAAGUGAAUAAAUCCCAUGACGUUUUGACAUUUUUAUAAUUUACAAAAUUGGUUGAAAUCCCAUAAAUUCACUAAUAUGUCAUCACCUCUGUCUUGUAGAUAUUCCAGAACUUGAAGUCCUGCUUGGAAACCCUAGAACGGAAUUACCUGUCCACAAAAGAGAAGCAUCGGAAUUUGCAGCUUCAGGUCUACAGGACAGACUCCCAAAUAGUUGGAGAGUUUGAUACUGAGAGGUGUGAGCUGUUAUUAAUGUUACACAGUAGAUGUAUCUGUUAAUUAAUCUAUCGUUUUAUGAUAUGGCAAAGUUUAGGAAUCGUGACCCAUAGAUAAAAAUACCAUAGAUGACCCCUACCUCUCGUUAAAGUAAAAUAUUCAAAUUAAAGACAUUGUAAUUAAGAAUAAUCAAAUGAUAUUGAAGCGUGAGGAGAACAUCUUCAUUGUAUCCAAAUGCUAGUAAACGGAAUGGUAAACUACCCCUUGAUUCAGCAUGACUGGCCCCUUUUAUUAUGCCUUAAAAUUAAAGCUAAAUUAAAAUGGUGGUGUAAUCUUUUGGGAUUACAUGGUGGGAUUACACUGGUGGGGUUCGAUCUUUAUGAGUUCCUACACUAAUAUUUCUAGGACUUGACCCUUACUUGCAGGUGACAUAUGUUUACUUAUGGAGACUUAUGGAGCCUCCACAUUUUUUCUGAAAGAUUGCUUCUAAGUUUCAUGUCCCCCGAUGGUGGCAUCUGGUGAGAAAAGGGUGUCAUGAGAGAGGUGAUAUGCUCACUUGAAGUUUUCAUUGUUCAGGAUCUUCUUUCCUCAACUUCAGACAGUUGAAAGCUGCCAGGGGCCACAUCACCUUUGUAAUUACCCGCAUGAGAUUACAAAAUACGGGUCCAUCUAGAUGUAUCGAAAUUUCAGGAAUACAGAUUUUCUUGCACAUGGAAAAGCAAAACAGAUGGAAAUUUAUGAAUUGUAUGAAUUCGUCAUGUUUACCAUUUACACAAGUUUACAUAGUCCCUAUUUUAUCUUAUAUACUUUUAUUGAAAACAUAUGUAAUUCCAAUAUAUCUGAUUAUAUUUUUUAUUGGAAUUUUAGAGAUUUGUUACAAGGCAAAUACAUUUUUGAGAUUAGCAUGUCUCAAAGAAUAAUGAUUUUUUUUUUUUUGCCGUGCAUGAAAAUGGUACAAGCAGCCUUUUUGAGUUUUAUUUUCCCUUGUAUAGUCUGUACUUAAGAAACAUUAGAUUGAUUAAGUAAUUAUUAAAUAUCUGAAAUUAAAUGGUGUUUACAACCCAGUUGUGCUUCAGACAGGUGGCCGGGCAGAUUUUCAAACUGGGGAUGUUAUUGGAAGAUCUUCAGGACCAAAUAAAUGAAAAAGAAAGGAGCCAGGCUCUGUGCACGCUAUCUCCAGUCAACACACGUGACACAUUUUCAACUCCACGCACCGAGGUAAAAGACGAUUUAGUCGAUUCUACAACUACAGUCUCUAGGUAAAAAAUGAAUCGGUCAUCAUUUUUCAAGAAGGAAAAAGAGGAAGAAAAAUGUGUCAAGAAAUCAAUUUAAUUGUGUAGUUUUACUGUUUCUACGAACAAGAUUCACGCAUAUAAUUCAGAGUCUGUGGUCCUCUCUUAGGUGUGAGAGCCUGCAGUAAUCAUUCCAUUGAGCACAGCUAUAGGCUUAUAUAUACCUCUAUAACAUAAUGAAAUGCUUGUUAUAUAUGUGGCAAUAUAGUUCUUAUCUCCUACGAGGACGUAAAGCAAUAUACACAGGGUCUAGCUUUACCUUGUGCUGUUGAUGACACAAUAACACAAUAGGUGGUAUUGAUGACAAUAAACACAUAUAUGGGUCAUCCUGUGUCUACUCACAUAAUAUUGUGACCUACUGUGUUUUAAGUUAUAGAUUACAUCCUUGCAUAGCUCUGUCAGAACUGAGCAGGGUAUAUUGGCAGCUAAUGAAUACAUGUGGUGUCAUUGAUGGUUCAGUAAAAUGGCAUUCUAGAAUUUUAAUUUGGGUUUGUGUAGGUCUCACAAAUAACUGUAGUAAAUGGGACCAGGAAUAAUUGCAUCCAGCUAUGUUUUAGCAGCCUUGGAACUAGUUUAAAGGACCACUAUAGUGCCAGGAAAACAUACUCGUUUUCCUGGCACUAUAGGGUCUCUAGGUCCCCCCCACCCUUAGGGUCCCCAUCCCGCCGGGCUCUAGGGGGUGGAAGGGGUUAAAUCUUACCUGUUUUCCCCUGCCGGGCUCCCUCGGCGCAGGGAACUCUCCUCCUCCUUUUCGCUGUCAUCGGCUGAAUGCUCAUGCGCCGCAAGAGCCGUGCGCACAUUCAGCCAGUCCAUAGGACAGCAUUCUCAAUGCUUUCCUAUGGACGCUGGCGUCUUCUCACUGUGAAAAUCACAGUGAGAAGCGCGGAAGCGCCUCUAGUGCCUGUCGAUGAGACAGCCACUAGAGGCUGGAUUAACCCAUAGGUAAAGAUAGCAGUUUCUCUGAAACUGCUAUGUUUACAGCAGAAAGGGUUAAUCCUAGAUGGACCUGGCACGCAGACCACUUCAUUAAGCUGAAGUGGUCUGAGUGCCUAUUGUGGUCUUGUUAAUUCUAAUUAACAUAUUGGUUCUUAAAGGAUCACUAUAGGGUCAGGAACACAAACAUGAAUUCCUGACCCUAUAGUGUUAACACCACCAUUUAGCCCCCCUGGGCCCCUCAUGCCUCCAUAAAUAUAGCAAAAUCUUACUGUAUUCAAGCCAGAAGCUGUAACUCUGCAUGCUGUUAGACUCAGAAAAACAAGCAGUCUGCUGACAUCAGAAGUGGUAGCACCGUAGCCUGAUCCAAUCACAGUGCUUCCCUAUAAGAUUGGCAGUGCUUCCCUAUAGGAAUAGGCUGAGACUGACAAAGAGGCAGAUCGGGGGCAGAGCCAGCAUGAUUCAAACACAGCCCUGGCCAAUCAGAAUCUCCUCAGAGAGAUGAAUUGAAUCAAUAAAUCUCUAUGAGGAAAGUUCAGUGUCUGCAUGCAGAGGGAGCAGACACUGAAUGUUUGGAUGCAUUUUAGGCAGCCAUGACCCAUGAAGGAUCUCUAACAGCCAUCUGAGGAGUGGCCAGUGAAGUUAUCACUAGGCUGUAAUGUAAACACUGCAUUUUUUGAAAAGACAGUGUUUACAGCAAAAAGCCUGAAGGUAAUGAUUCUACUCUCCAGAACAAAUUCAAUAAGCUGUAGUUGUUCUGGUCCCUUUAACCUUUGAGUUGGGACCCAAAAUCUGCCCUGAUGCACUUUCAGUGGGCACCCAAAGGUUGAAAAACAUACAUAAUAUUCACCAGGGAUGUAUUUACCACAAGGCAAACAAGACAUUUUCCUAGGGCGGCACUUUCGGGGGGGGGCAUCAUAAAAUGCCACCCCAAGCUUCCAGACAAAUGCCUUGUUUGCCUCGUGUUCUGGGGCUGUCCACCUUACUGUGAGUGAGUGUAGCUGUCAGUGUGUGUCUGUGAGUGAGUUAAAGUGUGUGUGUGUCUUUCUGUGAGAAUGGGUGUGUCAGUGUGUGUAUGUCAUUUUAUGUGUAUCUAAACGUGUGUGCCUGUCAGUGAGUGGGUGUGUCAGUGUGUGUCUAUCAGUGAAAGUGUGUGUUGGUUAAACAGUGUAUGCCAAUGACUGUAUGUGUGUGCCAAUAACUGCGUAUCUGUCAGUGAGUGUAUAUCAGUGCAUGUAUCAAUGAGGGCAUGUGUCUGUCAGUCAAAAAAGUGGCUUUCACACGAAUUGGGGGGGGGGGCAAAUUUAGAUUUUGGGGGUGCCCAAAUUUAGCCGUGCCUAGGGCAGCACAAAUCCAAAAUACACCACUGACCAUGGCCCAGGGAUCGGCCUGCAUUAAUUUAUUUCUGUAGCAGCACUGUGUUCAGACAUGUAUUGGAGAUCUCUCUGAUCCUGGGCAUAAUCUAAUAAAUAUGUUUUGCAGAAUUACAUUCGCUAUAUUAUAUGUAACAGUUAAAGAAUGGGCUACUGAAGUAAUUUUAAUUAGUCCCCUGGCUAAUGCUAUCAACAGAAUUAAAGUCGCUAUUAAAAAAAAUCGAAAAAAAAUCUGCAUUACUUCUCUUUAACAUCACAUUGAAAGUCUAUUAAUGUACGUAUGUUUUGUUUUUUUAAUGAAUGGUUACAAAAAGAAGACGGAGGAUGUUUUUGCCCUACUGGCAGCGCACAGCAGAGACAGUCAGUUGGUUGAUGCAAGCGGAAAGGUUGAAACUCUUAACUUACAGCCUUACUCAAAGUAAGUCCAUUCCCCCUUCCUCCUGCACAUAUUGUAUAGCCGUGGCUACUUGCUGGCGGGACUGGUAUUCCAUUUCCAACACAAAGUGCAACAAACACAUCGAUAUCAGGGCUGCAAUAGGGCUGCAAUACAUGGAAUGCUGUAUGUGUGUGUGUUUUUUCCCCCCGGCAAUUAAUGUCAUGUUAAUAACGGCUGAAGAAAGUAUAAUAAAAUAGUAUGUGUUCCUUGUAUUUCUUUCCCUUGAAUUGUGCAUUGGUUGAAACAAGUCGUGAAUCUGUUUUAUAGAGUGUUUAACCCCUUAAGGACCAAACUUCUGGAAUAAAAGGGAAUCAUGACAUGUCACACAUGUCAUGUGUCCUUAAGGGGUUAAAGUUGUUGUUGUGAUAUGCAUAUCUGUAGUAUUUUUUCCCCUCUUCCAUUCUGGUUCCAUUAACAAAACAAUUUCCAAAAGGUUUCCCCAAAUAUCAGCUAUUUUCCUCAAUGAAUGCAUUAAAUAUGGUUAAUAUCAUAGAGUUACUAAACCAUCUUGCCAAUUGUAAAACACUCCCAAGGUUUUAUAUAUUUACAAUCCCUGCCUGGCAAAAUUCCCAAUAGUCUUUACAAAUAACAUAUGAUUCUAUUAUAUUAUACAUGGCGACUAAAGAGACUCCACAUGCAAUUUCUUUUAACAGGACAUUGUAAGCACGAAAGAUGCUUGCAUGUUAAUGAAGUGAUUUUGGGCCUAGAUACUGUCUCUACAUCCUUACAAAUCAAAUCUUUGUCAUCUCUGUGAAACAUCAUUGUUUACAUUUUCCAAUUUCAACACCUAGCAAUGCAACAUCUGAUUGGACAAACCUUGGGGAAGGGUUGAGCGGCAAUGAGGAAUCUAUAUUGGUGGUAGAUUGCAGGUGAGUUCAAUAGUGUUUUUUUAAAUGUAUUAAUUUAUUUGUGGAAUCCAGUAGUCUAAAAAUAAUUAAAAUGUCUACUUAAAAAUAUCUUGAUUUUUAACUAGGGUCCCUUAAAUUCAUAUCACAACUUGUGUGUGUUGUUCUUAUUUCGUUUCCUUAUCCACCUGUAAUACUUUCUACUUGCAGUAAUUCUCAUUUGCAAUGCUCUUUAAAUAUUUAUUAAAAUGAUACUCUAAGCACCAUAACCACUACUGGGCCAUGGUGACUGGAGUUCCUAGGUGCCAUCUGACAGUAAUAUGUGAAACUGUUUUGGAACAGUUUGCCACUUACCUUGCUUUUUUGCCACUUACCUUGCUUUUUCGGGUGCCAUUGGUCACUCCAGUGUGUGUUGAUAGUGUAAAGCAAAAAUUCAUACUUUUGCAUGAAAAUACAAACUCACACUAUAAGUAGACAGUAUGUUUGGUUGAGAGCCAUUAGCUGAUACUCUCAACCAAUGAAUCGUGCCCAAACUUGGUAUGUGCACUAUUACAAUUACAAUGCACUGUAGUGGUUAUGGGGCUUAGAGUGCCUCUUGUUUAAACAGAAUAUAGGAAACAAUGAAACAAGUGUCAACAAGUAGAGGGAAAAAACAAGGAAACAAACCGCAAUACAACAAGGAAACAAAAGACAAAAGGCAGGAGAAUGGUCAAAAAAGGAGGGGAACAAACUGAACAGAAAAGAAAAAGUUUUGACAUGUAUUAGAGAGAAAAUGAAGUGGGUAAAAGCAGUGAGGCAGGAAAUUCAGAGCCAAAAAACAGUAAUGCUCUUACACUACCGCACGUUAAACUACGGCACUUUGCAAGACACUUCUUUUGAUGAGUAUGUAGAAUUUAGUUCAAAACAAACAAACGUUUAUUAUGCAUUUUCUUUGAUAAAACAGAAAAGUAAACCAUUUAAUGUUGUUUUGCUUUUAGUUCACCAAACAAGACUUCUGUACCAGAAAAGCAGAUAUGUGAGCAAGACCCUGUACAUCUUCAAGAAUCUAUUGAUUACACACAUUUACUGGUAAAAUAACAGCACAUAGCAUUUCGGGAUUACUGUUAAUUCAAUUCGAAUAUACAAAUUAUCAUCUAUAGAUCUUGAAAACAUGAUCAUUUUCUUGCAUGUAUAUAGUUUGGUUAAUUUCAGUCUUUUGAUUUUUUUUUAACAAUAGCCUUCAGAUCUCUCUCUUAAACCGCGUGGGAUCAAACACACAGAAACUUCAACAAAAACUGUUAAUCCAGAAUUCAAACAGGAGGCCAUUUCACAGAGGUAAGCCAUUCCAAGGCAGUUCCUUAGCACAUUUGUCUGUAACAUGUUAGGCGCAAUAUGUACUUUUUUGUUAUAGUUAGCUAUUGUAACAUUACUCACCUGAUCCCCGUGCUGGCCUGGAUUCACGCAGAUCAAGAACUCCUGCCUCCAAACGAGCCACUCAUGGCUCAAUCGUUCCUGCUCCUGUCCGGGUCGCAAGUAUAUGAUCAUACAUUGCAUAAGCCUGCUACAAUGUCAGUGUACCCCAUUCUUGGCAGGUCCUACUCUAGCAGCCUAAUGCUUGCCCUUAUGAGAUUAAUCCAGUUACUUGGGAAAUACCGUAUUUAUCGGCGUAUAACACGCACUUUUUCUCCCUGAAAAUAGGGGAGAAAUUGUGGGUGCGUGUUAUACGCCGGCCCUUUAAAUACUGCAGCCGCCUGAGCGCUCUGUCAAGAGCGCUCAGGUGGCUGCAGUUGGUUCUCACCUCCCUGUAGCGUGGCCGAGCUGCUCUGCUGUCCGCGGUGGCUGGCCGGAGUGAUAGGAAGGUGCACGCUCAGUGUGCACCUUCCUGUCAGUCCGACCGGGUACAGGAAACAGAAACUCCUGUUCUGCGCGGAACAGGAGUUUCUGUUUCUGAGCACUGGCGUGACACCGCGAACAACUACCAAAAGAGGUAAAUAGAGGGGAGGUAUGAGGGAGGGGAGAAGAAAGAGGAGGGAGUAAGAAAGGGGGAGAAGUAGAAAAGAGGAGGGUAAGGGGGAAGUAAGAAAAGGGGGUAAGAAGAGUAGAAAGGUAGAGGGAAGUAAGAGAGAGGAAGUAAAGAAGAGGGGAGGAAAGGGGAGGGAGAAGGAAGUAAGAAAGAGGAGGUGGUAGAAAGAGGGGAGAGUAGAGGAAGGGGAGUAAGGGGGAAGAAAGAGGAGAGGGAGUAGGGGUAAGAAGGGAGUAAGAAAGGGGAGGGGGGAAGAGAGGGGGAGUAAGAAAGGGGGUAAGAAGUUCUUUAUUUGAAAUUUAAAGGACCACUCUAGGCACCCAGACCACUUCAGCUUUAUGAAGUGGUCUGGGUGCCAGGUCCCUCUAGGAUUAACCCUUUUUUUUAUAAACAUAGCAGUUUCAGAGAAACUGCUAUGUUUAUACUGAGGGUUAAUCCAGCCUCCAGAGCCUCUAGUGGCUGUCUCACUGACAGCCACUAGAGGCGCUUGCGUGCUUCUCACUGUGAAAAUCACAGUGAGAGCACGCAAGCGUCCAUAGGAAAGCAUUGUAAAUAUACAAAAUACAGAAUCCAGCGCACUCGCUUAUUGACUAAACCAUGGUUUCAAAUCUCACAGAUUGUAAUAGUUUUAUUUAAAAACGCCUCACCUAGGCAAACAAUAAUAAUGAGGGUUUAGUUACAUUAUAUGAUCAUAUAUUGCAUAAGCAUGCCACAACGUCAAUGUACUGCAUUUUCUUUUCUAGAAUUUUUUUUUCUAAUAUUUAUUGAUUUUGUCUUUUAGCUCAGAUCAGCUAUCAGGGAACAAUAAUCCUUUGGAAUUAAAGUUUACUCAUAUUGAGGACAAAAACUCGUUAAAUGUCAAUGAAGAAAUCUUUUUAGAUCCUUAUUUGUUUAAGGAACAUUUUACUGAGUGGCAUUUGGCUGAGAAUCCAAAAGAGAUAUCCCAUCGGACUGCAGGGAAGUCAUGGCAAGAAAAUGGGAGAAGUUCCUUUUCUCUAAACAGGUAUUAAAAAUGUAGUAAUCACUUUUCAACGGUGCAAAGAAUUGUGCUGUACAAUGAGGGAGAUGAUUUAACCCCUUAAGGACACAUGACGUGUGACAUGUCAUGAUUCCCUUUUAUUCCAGAAGUUUGGUCCUUAAAGGGUUAAGGGACUUUUACAAUAUUGUUUUUUGCAGACUAAUUAACGGUGAUUUGAACAACGCUGCAAUAUUUGUUUUACCAUAUAAAUAAUAAUAAUAAUAAUUUGAAAAAAGCAGAAACUUUACAUUUUCCAUUCUUAUUUUUCUUUAAAGUGCCUCUGUCACCUUCUGAGAUCUUUGCAUAUUUUCGUGCAUUGGCCCAGCAGGUUGAGUUAUACUUACCUGAUUCAGCCACCAGAGGCUCACAUCAAUGCAGUGCUCUCACAUUACAAGAGUACACUUAUGAGGUCAUGGAAGCCUCCAUAGAUAUUCUCUCUUGAUUAGCAAGAUCAUGCCUUAUUAUUACAGUAGUCACUUGCGAUGACUAAGAGAAGUGACAAGACUUGAUGGAGGUAGCUCCACCUUGUGUCAAGUUUUGUCAAUUUGAGGAUUUAUCUUAAAACAAAGUAGUCACUACUUUGUCUCAUGGUAUGUUUUGACUGUGUUGGAAUUUCAAUGAAACUCCAACACAGUCUUUAGAAGCAUUUCAUAUCUUAUAUCUUUGGGGUGUAGAGGGGGAGGGGUGCAAGAGCUGUUUUAAAUCCAUACACACGUAGAGAGUAUUUUAAAUGUGAUUUAGACUUGGUAGCUGCUACAGGAUUGUACCCUAACUUACAGGAAUGGUAAAUCCUACAAACAUAGGUACUACAUAGAUGUAUUACCGGGCCUUAGAGUGGCUGGAUUUAAUGUAAGAAAGAUAAAGACUGAGUCGGGAAUAGACAAGAUCAGGAAUAUAGAAAUAUGGAUAAACAGAAUAAUAAGCCGGGUCAUGAUACCAGAAAUAUACAAAGUCAAAUACAAGCCAAAGUCAGUAUCAGAAUAUCUAUAAGGAUAGACUAACUAUGAGCACAAACAUGUAUCAAGCCAUAAACCACGAUAGGGCAAAGAACGAGGGUCUAAAUUACGAUUAUAUAGGCUAACAAUGUUACUGAUUAGUCCACGUCAUCUCUGCUAUUCUAAAAUGUUCCAUAACAGGGUCACCUGGAUGAUCUGGUCACUUUAAGGGUGAGCAUGACAUCACAGCAUUUGAAUUUAUAAAAGACGCGCCAUUCAAACAGGCAGAGUCUAUUAUGUUGCAGGGAAGAAAUCGGGUACGAGGAUUUCGGCUGGCGCAAACCAGCAGAGGGUGCUGUUCACGGACCAAAUAAGUAUGAAUAUCUCCCUAUUCGGGCCGCACGACCUGAGGAGGGGAGCAGUGUGGGUGCCAGGAACAGGUAAGUAUGUUACAGUAGUAAAGGCCUCAUGGACUUUACAUGCAAUUUAGGCUUCUUUUCUUAAGCAAUGCAUUUUUGCCCAGCCUUUAUCAUGAUAAAUCUUUUUUUUUUUUAGCUUUGUCCAUUACAUUUUUAUGAAAGGUGCAUGGAUUAUUUUAGCCAUGGCAAUAUAGGGUUGUUGUUAUAUAUUGUGUGACAAAUGGUUGCUCUGCAUUAGACUGCGCACAAUGGUAUAGUGGGUUCUCUAGACCAGUGGUUCCCAAACUUUUUAGGUUCAAGUCUAAAUGUCUAGGUUGUAUAUCUGUACAGCGCUGCGGCAUUUACUGGCACUAUAGUGUAAUGUACAGUGUUGGCAUUUGAAGGGGUGCUUGUGUAUAGUUUUAGUGUUUUAAUACAGGGGUGUGUUUUAUGUAAUGUUUUCGUUUGAUUACAGUACAGGAGUGUGUUUAAAUGUAAUGUUCACUUUUAAAUGCAGAUGUACAUUUGGGUGAAGUAUUUGUGUUUGAAGGGGUGUGUUCGUAUAUUCUUUUGGAGUCUGAAUGCAGGUGUGGGUUUGUAUGUAAUAUUUGUGUUAGAUUGCAGAAACAUGUAUGGAUGUUGUGCCGGAGUAUGACUGCUUGGAUGGAUGCACAUACACUACCACAUACAUACAGACUUACACAAAUAUACAUACACACAAAUUCAUAAUAGACACCGACACAUACACACACACACCUUAACACACGCAUACACUGACAAAUGUACACACAGAUGCAUAGUGUAAGAGAAAAUAAGGAUGAACAUCUCACUUUCUCACUUUGUAUUAUCAGACAUGACACGUGCUGAGCACACUGGUCUAACAGUUGUGUUGUCAAACGAUCCUGGAGAUUUCCUACAAUUCUAAGCUGUAAGAGAUUGUGCGUUGAACUUUCACUAAUUCAGCUAGUUUUUGACUGUGCAGAACAUUUGUGCUUUUUAGUAGCAAACUGUGCCUUUUGUGCAAGAAAUACAAGGAAAGUAAGAGGAUGAAAUCACAGCUGCACUUUUUUUACAUUUAGUUUACUAUAGCAAAACCGACUCUUAUAAGAGGUAGAAAAGCUUGCCAACAAUGCACCUGUGUUCAAAUACUGACCUCUAAUGGUCAAAUACUGAAAUGCUGUAAAAGUCCUUUAUAUCAAUCCAGGAUUUAGGGAUUAAGUUGUGUCUAAGAGAAAGAAAGAAAGCUUUAGACACAACAGGGUAAUCCCUAAAUUCUGGACUGGUCGGGGGUAGUUGGGGACUGGGUUGGGAACCCCUGCUUUUUAUAUUAUUUUAUAACACUUCAAUAACAGCUAACCUAAUUUGAUUUGCAUUUUUAUAUUGCCGAUUUAUGAUUUUGUUAUAUUAUUUACUAGAAUGCCUUUCCAUUUAUUUUUAUAAGGAAAAAUCUGGAAAUAUUAUCUUUCAUUUACACUUUUUAUUUUUAAACGUAUCCUAUUGGUUAGUGGUGUGCCCCCAGCAUUCUUUUAACAAGAAUGUUGGUUAAUGUCCAACAUAUUGACUUAGAACCCCAGUCUUCAACUGUAAAAUGAGCUUUGGGCUCAUUUUCACAUUUUUAUAUAAUAAAAUAAAUUGUAAAAAUCGCGUUCAUUAGAACUCUUCUCAUUGUUAGAGGGUUUGCCAUUGCACUUGAAAUAGCAGUGAUGCUACAAUAAACAAUUUAUUGGGAAGUGUCACUUGGGGCCUCCAAUCAAUGGGGAGCCACGGCCUACAUUUACACAGUUUUUAACUUGUGUUAAGCCCAGCCAUUCUAACAACAAAUAAUAUCCGUUGGUUUCACAAGUUGUUGGUUUUUUUUUUUGUACUUGUAGUUUCUGAAGCUAAAUCUCCAUGUAAACUAUGUUUAAAUCCAUUUUACCCGCAGCAGGUAUGAGAAAUAUGAAGCACACAAACCAGAGAAAAUACUUUCAAAUCAUGGGAGGCUGUCCUUCCUCAUUCAAGAGAAAACAGUGGACCUUGAUUUUCCUGACCGUAUGUAACAAAUUACCUCCAAAAAUAUAUCCAACGUUGUCUAUGCUCUUACUCUGAGCCAUGAGCUGAUUAUAUUUUAGGUAAUUACUAACGUCACAAUGGAAUGUUUUGCAACCAUUCACUUAGUAGGUGAGUUAAAGGAACACUAAAGGGUCAGGAACACAAACAUGUAUUCCUGACCCUAUAGUGUUUAACCCACCAUUAAGGUGUCUUUCCCCCCUAUCUCCCCUAUAAAAGUUUAAAACUCACCUUAUUUCCAGCGCCGCGCAGGUCCACCGGCGCUGUCUCCGCCCCCUUUGUGACAUCAUCAAAAUGACCGAUUUUUAGCCAAUCCAAUGCUUUCCCAUAUUGACUAAAAUCGUCACAGGGGCAGGCCCAAAUGCCGUUUUGGCCAAUCAGGAUCUUCUCAUAGAGAUGCAUUGAAUCAAUGUAUCUCUACGAGGAAAAUUCAGCGUCUCCAUGCAGAGCAUAAGGACGCUGAACGUCAGGGCUGCUUUUUCGGCAGCACUGACCCAGGAGGCUCCUCCAGUGGCCACCUAAGGGGUGGCCACUUGGAAGUGUCCCUAGAGGCAAUGUAAACACUGCCUUUUCUCUGAAAAGGCAGUGUUUGCAUUAAAAAUGCCAGAAUGGAACUAUUAUACUCACCAGAACAACUACAUUAAGCUGUAGUUAUUCUGGUGACUAUAGUGUCCCUUUAAGACAAUAAGUAGAACAGGCUAGCGGGAGAGAUGUCAAUGGCAAAAGGUUCGUUAAACAGCUGGAAUUAGUAGGAAGUAAAACCUUUGUAAUGUGUCACAUUGGCUUUUAUAAAACAAUCCUCUUUGUCAGAUAGACAUUGACACUUUUCAGCACCUGUCGUAACCUAAGAUAUACAGGUCAAUUACCUUUUUUUAUAAUGAUCUUCAAAUAUGUUUGCUUGAUCAAAUAUGUAAACAGCAAGUUUUUAAUUUUCUUUAUUUUACUAUUUAAUGAUCUAGGUAAAGGAAUGAAGGAUUCCUGUAGUUCUGAUUGGUUGAUGUCAUCAUUUUCCAGUGUGUCAGAGCAAAGUAGCCCGAGACUCAGGAAAGAAAAUAAUUUAAGUAAAGGCAAGUGGAAUUUAUUGUUUUACAAAAUUUAGAACACCUUGUAGAAUCUCUGUUGAACCUGCAGCCGCUGAUCAGAAAUCCCAAGAAACAAACAGAGCCUGGACUGUCUCUGGGAUAUCAGAGCUCCCAAGUGUCCCUUUUUAGGAGGAACAGUCCCUAUUAUUGUCCAAGUCCCUCUGUCCCUUUUUCUAUCCUAAUGUCCCUCUUUUCUAGGAGUUCCAUAUUGUUGCUGUGUUUGUAUUAUUCUGUGGAGCUCUUUAAACACUCAAAGAGUAAUGUGUCUUUAAACUACAAUAAAUGUGUUUAGAAAUCACCUAAAAUUUCUCAGAACUACCCUGCCCAUGGACACACCCCUAAAAUUAAAGUGUCCCUCUUUGUCAAUUUGAAAUAUUGGGCAGUAUGGGAUCCACAACUAUUGAAAACCAUAGGAAAAAACAACCAAUACAAAACAUAGAUAUAGGAUGAUGAUAUAAAACAUGCAAAUCUGUAUUUUUUGGGGCAUGAUUCCACUAUAUUCGAGUAACCAAUAAGGGGCUGCAUUUAUCGGACUGCAGAAGGGGUGAUGAUGUCUUCAAAAUAGAGAGAAAGAAACAUGUAACAAUGAUGUAAACAGAAUAUCAGAAACAAACAACCUGUUGAUAAUUACAUGGAACGCUUGGCACAUUCUGCUUGAAUAACUAAGAAUCCCUGUACUCUUAUUAAACACUGAGAAUGUUCAUUUUGUCUCAUUUCAAUACUGCAGGGCAGAACUACAAGUCCAACAGAUAUAAGUAUUUACAGCUUGAAGACUACAAUGAUCCAGUCAGUCCCUGCGCAUUCGGGAGACAUUCUUUCACUACUUGUAAGUAUAUAAGAAUUCUUCAUACAUCCUUGAAAUAUGUGUUGUACCACCAGAGCGGAGCUUCUAUCCACGGUACAAUCUGUACUUGGCUACUGCAUGUGACUAUGUAGUUUACAAUGUAGAAGAAAGCACUUUCUGAUUUACUUCAGUCUAUCUGGAGUGGACCUUGUGAGUGAGACGCUAACAUCCUCUCACUAACCUGCUUAUUAACUCCUUUAGGAUCACAACCUGGACUUUAAAGAGUGGGUGUUUAUUCACUAAAAAGUGAAUUGUAAAGGGUUGGAAUCUGAAUGGCAACAAUAUAUUGUCCAACUCGAUUACAGCUUGGCUAGUUUAGUCAAACUUUUGAAAUUCAGUACAAUUCAGUAUUUAGUGAAUAAAUCCCUUUAUUUCUCAUUUAGCGUCCGGUCAGGAGCUCCCUGGAUCCCUCUGUAUGCUACAUUGGCUUUAGUAACGAGCAAGGGACUGGGCCACAGCCACCAGGAACACCGCUUGGAAAUAGUUUAAUAGAGAGCCAGGGGCCUUGUUAGAGCAUCCUAUCCACCACAGGGGACAAAAAUACAACAGAAUCAGAAUUCAUCUCACAAAGAUGCAAAUUGUGGCAAGUCGAAAUACAGGUUGCAAAAUUAAGGCAAAUAAAGCUGUUCUAGAAACAUUCACCAACUCAGCUAUAGCGAGAGCUUUCUUAUUUUAGCCUUUAUUUUGCAGUUUCUAUUUUUAAUUUGAAAUUCUACCUUAAAAGUGCUGUUAUUAUUCUAUGUAUCUAUUUAGAGUUUCUUAUAAAUAUGGUCUGUUUAGGGGAAAAAUCUUCUGAAUAGAUGCACAAUUGAUGACAUCUCAUUCCACAUUUGAUAGAAAGUCUGUGGAGAUCCAGCAUUUUCACAGGAUGUUCCAAACACCCAGUUUAGUAGCAGCUGCCUGUGACUUUAUCUGUGUGUAAAUAAAAGAUGAGAUGGUGAGGAUGAGAAAACUGAAUAAGCAGAGCUCCUUGUACUUAAAUCUCCCUUAUCUUUUUUACCUAAAUGCCACCAUGCAUGCAGGCAUAUCACCUGGGGGAGAUCCUUGAAAAAGGAUUCAGAGAAAGACCUACUUUAAUAAAUAACUGUUUGAGUCAGAGGGUUUGGUAGAGUAAUUGGAAUUGCAAUAGCAGAUUGAUAUAAUGUUCUUUCCACAGCCUUGACAAAACCAUCAUUGGAGACAGACAGCACAAGAAGCUUCUCUUCUGGAUUUCGUAGUAGAAUGAAGAACACUGAUACAAAUACAAAGGGUAAUAUUUUUGCAGCUUAUGUAAAAAUACUGUAAAUCUGGCAUCUCACACUCUGGCCCAGCAGAUGUUGCUGAACUACACUGCCCAUGAGUCUUUGGCCACCUAUUGCAUUCAAAGAAACUUGGAUUUGUAGACCAUCAAAAUUUGGGUCAGCCAGAGUGUAAGAACACUGCUUUAAAGGGACACUCUAAGCACUAUAACCACCAGUUGACGCUCAUAGCCAAUGUAUAAUGUCUCAACUUGGUAUGAAUUUGAUAUAAUGCAUAAAUAUGAACUUCCAUUUUAUCAGAUUAGCUGAGAGCAGAAGUAUUGUGGGGGCCAGACAGAACCAGGGAAGUGUCAAUUUGCUUGCAAAUGGUUUUACUGUCUACUGUUGGAUUGCUCUAGGGAACUCUUUUUUAAAAAUGUAUUUGUUUAGUUGCUUUAAAGCAAUACUGUCACGUGUAGGGUUAAGGUGAAAACAUGCAGUUAUGACUGUCAAAAAAGGAAACUAAUCAUGUUUGACGCCAAUGUGACAAUCCACAGGUCACAUAGGUUCAAACCAUACUGUGGGUCUGGCACCAGCUGAACAUAAAUGUCAAUUUAUACCAUUGGACUAUCACCACAUUGUACAAGAGUGUUAUGGUGUAUGAGGGACCAAUUAAGUAUUAUAAGUAUGCCUGAUUAAAAACUGUACAAAGGAUAGACUUUGAUGUAAGGCUAGAUUGUCCUUCUCUUCAUUUUGCGUCAGCUCGAUUCCAGUACAUUGCACAUAGAUAUAUGGUUUAAAUAAGUGGCUGUGGCACACUCUCUACAACCUUAAGCUUGUUUCUACAUUGGCACAUCCUCUGUUUUAAUUCCUCUAGCAAUCAACCCUUUGAGUUUCACAGUAUACACAGGGCACCAAUUUGAUUAUUUUGUUUUUUAAUUCAACCACCACCUCUAUUUUAUUUAUUUUUUCAUUCAACUUUAUUGAAAGACAUUACUAAAGGUCACAGAAAGAAAUUGAUUGACAUAGAUAAAAAAAAAAGAAGGUGGCUAAUUACAGCCAGCAUACAUGGGUUACGUGAAACAAGUUAUACAUGGUAGCAAGAGGACAAACGAUUGUAAGGUUGGUAAAACCAGUAAAUGUGUGUAAUGUCCUUCCAUUCUUCCAAAGAUGAAGGAGGGAGGCUAUGAUAAGAGUAUACGCUUUGAUCUUAGAUAGCCAGAUGUGGGCUAUUGUGUAUAGUAAGGGUAUAUUAGUCCCUCAUAGAAGGACGGAAGAAAGAAGAGGGUCCCAGACGGGAUCUUUGUAAGCACAAAGUUAUAGAGAAAAGAGAAAGUAGAGAAUGAGGCAGAUGUGGUAAGAGGAGUAGGAGGGAAAAGGGAGGGAAAGGGGCAUGUGAGAGACAUAGAAAAAGAAGGGAACAAAGAUAAGAAAAAAAAACGAAAACAAAAAAUACCAGCACAAACGUUGGGUAGAGGAAAAUGGACUCUCUCCUCCCCAGAUCCUCCCACAUGUUAGGUUCCCCACAGUGGCCCCCUCCCUGCAGGCCCUAUCAUCAAAGCCCCCUUGGUAGGUAGUAUGGAUGUAUACCUACAGAGUGUCCGCCAUAUUGUCUUACCCGCUCCAUAAGGCAGUCUAUCUCCAGGCCAUCAUAGCCAGUCCAAUUCUCAGUGGCAGUUUAGAAUGGAAUAGUUCUCAUAUCCCCUUAGCUUCCUGUGUUUGCACCUGUAGAUAGCCAUUGUAGCCACUAGGUAGCGUGGUAUACCUGUGUUCUACCUGCCGUCAAGAGAACCAACACUUCUAUCUGUCUGAUGUCCUCAACUCUAGUCAUCCAUUCUUGGAUCGUCGGAACAGCCUUUUGUUUCCAGUAGCACGAAAUAAGGCUAUGGGCAGUGUUGAGCAAGUGUGUGACUACUGUUUUUUUUACUCUAGCGAGCAAUAUUGGGGUCAAAUAAAACAGGUGUGUUUCUGAGGUUUUGCAUCAGUAAUCAUGGUGAGAACCUGAUCCACUUCCUGCCAGAAAGGUUGGUUCAGUGGGCAUGUUCACUAUAUGUGAUACAGUGAUCCCAUCUCCUUCCCACAUACCAAACACUAUGGGUUGCAAUUGCUUCCCAUAAUGGACAGUCUCUCUGGGGUCUUGUACCAAUGAGAAAACAUUUUAUUGCCAGAUUCCUGGAAUCUGGUCCUGAUUAUUAUUAUCACCAUUUAUAUAGCGCCAACAGAUUCCCUAGCGCUUUACAAUAUUAUGAGAGGGGGGAUUUAACUAUAAAUAGGACAAUUACAAGAAGAGGACCCUGCCCAAACAAGCUUACAGUCUAUAGGAGGUGGGGUAUAAAACACAAUAGGACAGGAUAUAGCAAUCAAAUAAGGUGAAAGUGAAGCAGAGCUGGAGAAGAGAGUAGAGUGCUGCCCUUUAGGAGAGCGCAAGAGACAGGUAUGUGAGGUAGAGGUUACUCUGGGAGGCCAUAAGCUUUCCUCAAGAGAUGGGUUUUAAGGCACUUCUUAAACGAUUGAAGACUAGGGGAGAACCUGAUGGCAAUUUGUGUACAAGGAGGAAAGUGGUGGACCAUUGUUGAGCUGACAAGGAGUGUCCCAGGUAUCUCUCCAAGCAUUUGAAAAAGGGAACCAAUGUUCGGCUCAUGAGGCAUUCAACAAGCUGUAUAAUAAUGAAAUUCCAUAUAAUGGAGGUGGUGGUUGGUUACAAAUAGUUUUGUAGGUAGUAAGUGGCCUAUUGCAGGUGCAAGUUUUGCUAUGCUCUUCAGGAACCUCACCAGUUGGUGUUAUUGGAAGUAAAUCCUGCAGCCGAUGUGGUAUGAGAUCUUUCAAGGGUAGGAAGUCACCAUUAAAAUUAACACCUAUAUUUUAAGUGCAAACAAUAAAAAUAAAGAUGCUGAGAGCACUCAAAGAGUAUAUAAAUUACCAUAAACGUGGAAUAAAGCCUACAAAUAAAAUAGAGCAUAGGGUAAUAUUGGCAAUAUAAAACAUAUAAUAAAACCCACAAAUGGUCCCACUUACAUAUUAGUGAGACACUUAUAUAACUGGCUCAGUCUAUCUGUUGAGGAUUUAAUGCCCACCUUUACUGUUAGAGAUAUUCUUCCAAUAUACAUCCAAGAUGCAGGAUACAAGGUAAAAAUAACUCAAAUUUAUUAAGCAAAGAAAAAAACAUAAAAUCUCUAAAGGAAUAAAAGGUCCACCUGCACCUGACGCGUUUCAACUUAAUGUCUUCAUUAAAAGUGUUGCAGCACCAUCUUUAUAUGUGUUGGCACUUUUUUUGUGUGUGUUGGAGUGACCCACAGAGGUGAUAGUAGCACCUGUUAUUGCUCUUAGAUUUUCCUUUCCCUUUUAAUUUAUAUCUAUAUUUUAAGUACUUAUGUGCAUCCAUGAUUUAUUUUGGUUUUUGUUCUCAUUCACCCAUGAUUUAUUUUUUUUCCUCAUAGGAAAAGCAGCACACAAUUAGCCAAUAUGUUUAAGUGCAAUAUGUAUGUCUACCACAACCGUCUGCUCUUAUUAGUCAUCGUUCUAGUACAGGGGUAGGCAACUUUUUAGCAGCACUGUGCCGAUAUAGGAUUGUGAUGUCCCGUAGCGUGCUGAUCCUAUUUUUUUAAAUUGAGGUGUGUAUGCUGCCGUAUUCUGCUUGUGUUAUUGUUACUGUAAUUGCUUUGUAUCGUUGUAUUUGUGCGUAUAUGAGCUAUUAUAUUGAAUAUGUUCAUUAGUAGUUUAUGGUAUCGUGUAUGAUACAUAUGAAUGUGGGCUGUGUAUGAGGGCUGCUUGUGGAAUUGUGUGUGGAUGGAUAUGUCACAUUGUGUGUUUGGUAGUGUGUGGGGGCUGUUUGGGCUAUUGUAUGUGGGGUUGUGUGCAUGUAUGUAUAUUGUUAGUGGUGUUGCGUUUGUGGGGAUUGUGUGUUGUGUGUGUGUGGGCUGUUCAUAUUAUUUGUAUGAGGGGAGGGUUAUUCUACAUUUCUGUGUAUAUCUAGCAGUGUGGGUGGGUUCCCUGGGUUCCAGUGGGGACCAGGCUGGCCAGGCACUGGUCAAGGACAGAAGCUGCGAUAGCUGCUCUACUACAAUGUGGAUUCCCAUUCACAAGUGCUGGGAGGAAGUGAUCUGAGAUCACUUCCUCUAUGUGCUGCAAUGCAUAAAUUGAGGUUUGUCCUUCACCACCUCUUUGUAUUAGCAGAUAUCUGAAGUUUUACUGGGACUCCUGAUAGGCCAGAGUGCGUUUGGCUCUAGCAGCCUUGAGUGCCGUGCAAAGACACCUCGAGUGCCGUGCAUGGCACUAGUGCCGUAGGUUGCCUACCCCUGUUCUAGUGUAUUAUGUUUUAGGUAAAGUCAGCUUGAAAAUAGAGCAUACACAACAUCAUUCCAAGAAAACAAAUUGCAUAUUUCUAUUAAUGAGAGAAGAGACGCCACACCCGCACAAAAAACAUUAUCAAUAUUCUCGUAGUUGGCUAAGGCCUGAAAUCAAAAGGCUAUUUUUUUUUGUGUUUUUUUCACACAGGAUUAUACCUUCAGAAAUCAGCUUGGGCUUCCAGCAUUCCUGUAUAUCCACAGAACAAAGAAAACAUUGCAGACAAGUUGCAUCUUACAAAGUACAAACGAAGCAUCCAUAACCAACAUGUGAAUAGGUAAACUAUUCUAGUUCGCUUGUUUCCAUUACCAUUCAUUGAUGGAAUUAAGAGGCAAUUUAAAUCAAAGGAACACUCCAAGCCUCUAAAGUACUUUGAAGGUUAAGAGCAUUCCCUCUAUGUCUUAUUUUUCUUUCUUGAGGUCAAAACACUCUUGUUGAUGCCACCUUGCUGUCAACCAGUCAGCUGGGUGGUUUUUCUUCUUCACUCAACUGAGCACUCUUUCAAAGCAGAAGGGCUCCUCAUAGAAGUGCAUUGGUUUCUAUGUUUCUUCAUAAACAGAUUGUUGAGCAAUAUGCCCUGUGUGCCAAUGCUUCUCUACAAGAAGCAUUGGAUUUGCCAGGAGAUUACAACUAGUGAUGAUCUUCUAGGAAUGCAGUGAGAAAAUAGUAUUGUCAUUUGAUUACAGGUAAGCAACUUUUUUUAUUUUUUGAGAAAUGGGGAAGGGGUGCACCAAAUCUGAAAUAGAAAAAUAAUAAAUUUAAAGUGAGACUUUGACUUGUGUGGCUUAGCUCUUAACACCCAGUCAGAGGCGGCUUUAGACUUAAUAUGCGAAAUUCAAGCAUGAGGCACCACUAACACCCAAAGUAUAAAAUAAUAGUGUUGUAUUUUGUGUGUAAGGAGCAUUCGCUAUGUUGAAAGGAGGGCUUGCAGAGCUGAAUACAGAGCGUAAGUCUCUGCAUUCAUUGUUCAGAAGCUUGCAGUGUCACGGUUUCUUCUGCCCCUGCAUUGUGAGCUCUCUGGCUGUAGUUGUAGCAUAAUUUGCAAACAAAAUUAAUUUGCAAUAAAUACAUUUAAUUUGCAAUUAUGCCAAUCGUUUAUACACAGUUGUGGGGUAUGGUUGCCUAGCUUGGCAGUCGUGUAAGUACUGGUGUGAAGUGGUUAUCGAAAACAAAAAUGAAAAUUUAGUUUGAGCAAAAAAGCUUUAAAAAUUUUUUUUUUUUUUUACCAUAUAAUAAAGUGUGUAUGAUGUAUGCCUUCAGCUGGUGACUGUGACAGAGUGAGUAAAGGGUACCAGUGGCAGGGAUUGUGUGACAGGACAAAGGAGGGAAAUGCGACAGGGUGGGGGGUUGUGAGAGAGAAUGAGGAAGGGCGAGUAGAUAUGGUUUGAUGAGGGAAUGUGACAGAGCAAAUGGAGGUGUGUCAGGGCAAUAGUGGCAUGGUAGGAGGGACGAGUGUGACAGGAUUGUAGAGGUUAAUGUGACGGUAAGUGUGGCAUAGUUGGGGUGGGGUGAGUAUCACAGUUUUGGGGUGAAGGGUGAAUGUGGCAUGGUUGGAGGAGGGAGUGUGACAGGAUUAGAGGCAUUAAUGUGAUGGUAUAAGUGUGGCAGGGUUGGGGGGGAGUGUGACAGAAUUAGGGAGGGUUCAUUUGACAGGGUGAGUGUGGCAGAGCGAGGGCAGGUGAGUUUGGAGGGGGUGAGAUUAACAUGAUUAGGAGUGGUUAAUUUGAGUGUGGAUGCGUGAAGGGGCUGAAAGUGUGGAGAGGGGAUGACAGUCUUGUGAAUGGUGACAAUGUGUGGGAAUGUGUGUAUAAGGGAAGGUUACAGUGUGUGAGGGGGAUGACACUAUGUGUGUGAGAGGGUGACAGUUUGUGUGUGAGGGGUGAUCCUGUGUGUGUGUGUGUGGAGGGGGUGAUACUGUGAGGGACAGUGGGGGUGAUAGUGUGUGGGACAGUGGGGUAAUUGUGUGUGGGACAGUGGGUGGAUACUGGGAGGGAGGGGGGAAUACUGGGAGGGAGGAGGGUAAUACUGUAAAUGGGGAAAUACUGGCAGGGAGGGAGGUGAUAGUGUGAGGGAGGGGGGAUACUUGAAGGUAGGGGUAAUAGUGUAAGGGAAACGGUAAUACUGAAAGGGAUGGGGGUGAUGGGGUGAGGGAAGGGGUGAUACAGGGAGGGGAGAUACUGGGAGGGAGGGGGUCAUAGUGUGAGGGGGGAGAUACUGGGAGGGAGGGGGUCAUAGUGUGAGGGGGGAGGUAUUGGGAGGGAGGGGGUCAUGGUGUGAGGGGGGAGGGGUCAUGGUGUGAGGGAGUGGAUAUAGUGGGAGGGGAGUGAUAGUGGGGGGGUCAUGGUGUGAGGGAGGGGUAUACUGGGAGGGAGGGGUAAUGAUGUGAGGGAGGGGGUAUACUGGGAAAGGGGUGAUAGUGAAUAAAUUUUAAAGGAGCACUAUUGGGUCAGAAACACAAACAUAUUUCUGACCCUAUAGUGUUAAAACCACCAUCUAGCCCCCCUGGCCCUCUCUUGCCCCCUAAAUAUAGUAAAAUCUUACUUGUAUUAAAGCCUGAAGCUGCUGGUUCUGCCCCUGUCUGCCUCAGAAUAGCAAGCUGUCUGCUGACAUCAUCAGAAGUCUUGUUCUGAACCAAUCACAAUGCUUCCCCAUAGGAUUGGCUGAGACUGACAAAGAGGCAGAUCAGGGGCAGGGCCAGCACAAGUCAAAGAGAGCCCUGGACAAUCAGCAUCUCCUCAGAGAGAUGCAUUGAAUCAAUGAAUCUCUAUGAGGAAAGUUCAGUGUCUUCAUGCAGAGGGAGGAGAUACGGAUAUGUUGUGAUGCACACUAUGAAAGACUAAGAUAGGAAGUAGCUCUAGCAGCCAUCUGAGGAGUGGCCAGUGAAGUUAUCACUAGGCUGUAAUUUAAACACUGCAUUUUCUCUUAAUAGACAGUGAUUACAGCAAAAGGCCUGAAGGGUAUGAUUCUACUCACCAGAACAAAUGCAAUAAGCUGUAGCUGUUCUGGUGACUAUAGUGUCCCUUUAAUUUGGAGAAAGAUAGAAACACAAUGCCUAUACACUGAUCAUCCACAAUAUUACAACCACCUGCCUAAUAUUGUGUAGGUUCCCCUCGUGCUCUCCAAACAGCUCUAAAGCAUGAUUGGGGUAAUCACAGACAUUCUGACCUUCCUGCGGCAACACAGCAAACUGAAAUGCACUGUGUGUUCUGGCACCUUUUUUUAUCAUGGCCAGCAUUAUGUUGUACCAGAUGGGCUAGCCUUUGUUCCCCACGUACAUCAAUGAACCUUGAGCGCCCAUUACCCUGACAGCUGUUCACCGGUUGUCCUUUCUUGCACCACUUUUGGUAAGUACUAAAAAAAAGUAUUUCAGUUUUGGAGAUGCUCUUACCCAGUUAUCAAGCCACCAAUAUUUGGCCCUCGUCAAAGUCACGCAGAUCUUUUCACUUGCACAUUUUUCCUUCUUCCAACACAUACAUUUUAAGUACUGACUGUUCGGGUGCUGCCUAGUAUAUCCCACCACUUGACAGGUUUCAAUGUUGUGACUGAUCAGUGUCUACAUUAAAAAUGAGAGUAUUAUGCGGCAGACCAGUAUUCAGACUAUAAAAAAAGAUCUAUCAUACCUCCCACUUUUAAAUUAUAUACUUGAAUCAUACAUGAGAAUGUAUCCUAAGAGUCAAAAUUACAUUCAGAAAAAACUUAAACGCACAUAAUAUGAGACUUACUCACAAGGUCUAUCAUGCAGAGAGGAACAUUAUGAAAAUGUAUCAUCUUGGAAGGUUAUUUUAAAACAGAUCUACACAAUCCUGCAUAAAUAUACAUUUUUAAAUUCCAGAUACAAUUUCCAUGUUCCAUUUUUGAGACACUCCCGCUUUGCUGGCCCAGUAAUCCCUUGCAGUCAUAAAGUAACUCAACAAAGUAAAUGCUGGUCAUGUAUAAAGCAGAAACACAUGGAUCCCACUGACAGUAAGGUAUGUAGAACUGCUUCAUGGGUUUGUUGGUGUCUACACUUUCAUUUAUACAAUGAUUAAGUAAAAGAUGUAACCGAAAUAAAAAAAACAAUAGUUGUUUGCAGUUUCCACAAUGGGUUAUUUUUUUUUUUAAGAAAUAUUGUCCCCUUACACUUGUGUCAGGAAGAUUGUCCAGUUGUGAUUCUAAGCAGCUAUGUUAUGUUUCUGUUUUUCUUUUCUUAUAUAUCAUGCAGAUGUUGAAUUCGGUUUUGGACCAAGCUCUCUGUACUGCCAAACGCAUGCAGAAAACAACGGAGAGGAUGCUAAAAAAACUGUCUACAGAACAGAGUAUUCCAUCCUGUAACAGACUCUCCUACAGUCGAUAA